GAUUGCUGGAGGGCGGUGACGGCUGGGAUUGUCUGUCAGUCUGAACGAGGACUUUGAAGAGAGCGAGUAUCCGAGGUUGAGAAGGUCUGGUAUUAUUACCCUGACCUCCCGGAGGACCUAACUGAGCUUCAUACAUAGGAGAGAGCCUGCCCCAAGACCUUACAUGAACAUUACUAUAUAAUCCCUGAGAACAUCACUGCCAGCACACUAAGCAGCCAAUAAAUAGAAUUAUCAGCCAAUAUCCACUCUUUGGGGGCACAGAAACCCCAUUUAGACCCAGCUAUCACUCUCAUUACUCACAGCCUGUUGGCUGACAGCUGUUGAGAAAGAAAAUCUGUAGAUUCUACAUCACAUAAAUUAUUCUUAAUUAUUUAAUUUUUAUAAUAAAUAGAUAUUUAUAUUCUUUAAAGCGAUAUUAACUGCAUUGGCAUGGAGAUAUUGGAAAGUGGGGAUCCGGUGAUGCAGUGGGACCGCAAGCUCAGCGAGCUGUCAGAGGUCCAGGAGAAUGACUCUCUUUAUAAUACGGUGAGAAACAUUUUAUUUGUUUUAUUUAAUAUAUGUAUAUAUAUAUAAUAUUUCAAGUGAGAUAAAAACAUGCCUCGUUACUUCGCUAAAAGCGCCCAUGGCUGAUGGUGUUAGUUAGUUAGUGGGUCAUUGUACCAUUUUGUAGAGGGACAUUUGAUGUCAUGAACAUCUGGUUAUUGAAAUGGGUUGUUGUGCAGUUUCGUCAAACUUACUGUCUCCUAAGUGGAUUGGAAGCAUUAAAAAUGGUUAAAUUAUCAUAUGUUAACCCGGUUUAAUUUGAAAUAUUUGACGACUCAAUAUAGCGUCCGAUACGCAAUCAUAUUUCAAACAGAUAUUGUAGUUUGACUUAUAAAUUAAUACCCAACUGUAAAUUCUCAUUAAUUCAAGGUUCUCUAUGGGUAUUUAGUUAUAGCAAUUUAUAUUGGUUUGGAUCUAUAUAGAUGCUGGCUCCCUUCAGGUUUCUAUCAUGCAGAUGUUAAGGCUCUGUACACCUGGAUAGUUGCCAAGACUAAGCACAGCUGUGUAUGGGGGGAGGAGGGCUGAAUUACUUGUGUAUGUUUAAAUGUCACAAAUGUGCUGAUUUGUGCACAAAUACCUAUUUCUGGCCCUCUAGCAGAUGUUGUGAUUUAUUUCCUAUUAUUUUUUUGCCAAAGCAUUAAUACAAUUAUUAAUAGAAUUGGAGGGCCAUGGUUACGGAUUCACAUUUACAAUCUUUACAUUAAAAAGGGAGCUUUAUUACGCUCUUUAAUGCCUCGUCAUUUAACAUAAUUCAGCCCAUUAUAGCUGUAUUUAGAAUUACUCACAUCCCCACAACCUUAGAGUUUGGGGGAUCAGCAGUGUAACCCUAGCCUUUAUGGACACACUUAUGAUCGCAUAUGCAAAACAGUGCCAUUGCAUUUCAAAUGCAAUUUUUAUAUAGGGACUUUUUAAACCAUUCUGAAGAUUGUGCAUCACUUUAUAACAAUACUUUCAGAAUCUUGGUACUUUCCAAUUGUGUAAAAUAAAAUCCUCUCUAUGUUGAUGUGUAACCUAAAAUGUUGACUAUCACUACAUCCAAUUCUGGUAUGGGUUGUCUGAUAUUGGAUUACAGGGAUAUAACAUGGGAGAUGUUUAGGAAACACCACAAGGGUAAAAAGAAAUAAAAAAAAAAGAACAAACAUUUUAUAUUGAUGAAUUAAACAGAUGUGCAAACAAAUGCGAGUAGGCAAGCGCUCUGUAAAUAGGAUAUACCUUAAAGGUCAACAUAUCUUGCAUGAGUGGAAACUUUGACCUUUUCUGUGAAUUUAAAUUGUUUGGAGAGUCAUUUUGUGUCUUUGUUUGUUGUUCCUGUUUGAUCAGUCCUGAAUCUUGUCACUGUUUUUCCUCUGUUUUUUCACAGAGGAGGUUUACUGUAAUCUAUUCCUAGAAAACAGCAGCUGGGACAGACUAGAACAACUCUCUGACUUGAGGUUUAAGACGAGCUAGUGAUGCGGUCACGAUCACCUCUAAAAAUGACAAUAAAUCUUUGUCAUUGUGAGAGCACCCACUAUUCCUCCUAUGCUUGCUAAGAUAGGCAAGAGUUGCAAGCUUCCAUGCCUACAAAGUAUAUUCAUAGAAUUGUGGUUUAAUAAUUAACGCUGUACAGCAAGAUUGCUUCUAUUUUUUUCUUCUUUGUUUUUUUUUUCCUUUUGGUUUCUCUUAUUUUUUUUUACCAAGUCUAGUGAUCAGCGUCUCCUUCUGCAAUUAGCUGAGCACAUCUGUUAAGAUGUUUAUCGGAUGUACACUCAUACGAACUUUGAUACAUGUAUCUUGAGCAGGCUUCUUAGGCAGGGAAGGCAGCAAUGGAGGCGAUAUAGAUAUGCAGAUGUCAUACAAAUGAGUAUCUCUGCAUGUCUUUACAUGCCAUAAUAUGUCUGCAUGUAUGUACUUGUCAGUGGGUCAGAUCUGUCACUUCCAUUACAUUAGCCGGUUCAGCAAGUCCCUCAGGACAAACAUGUCAACUUCAGAAAAGAUGGGAUAAAGUUUAUUGUUACUACAAUCUGUGAGUGCACACUUCUCUUUACUAUUAUUGUAUUGUAUGGCCUUAGUCUGGCACCUGGGAAAAUAAAUAAUUGAAGAACUUUGAGUGAGUGCAAGGAUUUUCUGUUGAAUAUAUAUGAAUGUAUAUGGCACCGCAGAAUAUGUUAACACUUGUAUAUUAAAUUGUAAACACUGAUACAAGUGAUAUUCUUGCUUGGAGUGUAACUCUGUUUUUAAUAUGUUAUAAGGAAAAUGCAUUAAAAACAUGCAAACACAAAUCUUCAUGUUUUGCAAAGACAUUGUCAGUAAAUCCUGAUUUUUCCAUUGUUUUUCAUGGGAGCACUGGAAAUAAACAGUUUGUCUUGUAUGUUAAAAACAAACCACCUUCUCAGCAAAUUGUGCUGCAACAAUGUGACCUUUGUUAAUUUGACAAGUAGUUCUGUCUGCGGCACCUUUUAUUCAUAAAUAGAUAGUACAUAGCUAGAGGUGUCCACAGUAAAGAGACAUGAUCAAAACCAAGUUAUAUAUAGACACUGCCACUCUUAGGUUCAAUUCAAACCGAAGGAAAGGCAAAUUCCAAGGGGAGGGGAGCACUUUUCUCUUCUUGCCCUAUGCUGUGGACGACCAUGUACGCAGCCCAUUGAAGUCAUUUACGGGGUUUGCCCACGUCAAGUGAAGUAACACAGCUGUAGCAAUUUCAGCAAAAACCCAUAUUUUAUUUGCAAAAUGUAGACAAUACAUUAAAACAUACAAACAAAAAUACAUUUGUUGCUGCUAUAUUGGGGUCUAUUUAGACCAAAAGGUAGCAGAAAAUCUUUUAACCCUGGCAAUCAUACGUGAUUAAAGGGACACUAUAGGCACCAAGACCACUACAGCUUAUUGUAGUGGUUCUGGGCCAUAGAGACUGCCACUGCGGAUUUAGUGGUGUAAACACUGCCAAUGUAAAAGGCAGUGAUUACAUUGCUGCCUAAUGCCAUCUAAAGUGGCUGUCAUUUGGAGCUUUCUUCGGUUUGCUCUGCAUGGAGACAAUAUACGCUCCCCAUAUAGAUGCAUUAAAUCAAUGCAUCUCUGAGAGUAGAUGCUGAUUGGCGCUGCAAGGCGAUUUUCCACACAUGUACACUGGCUUGUCCAAUGCUUCCUUACAUUAGGAUUGAUGAUCUUAGUCAGCAAAGGUGGUUCGACGGCACAGAGGCUGGCGCCAUAGGAAAUAAGGUGAGUAAAUCUGCUUUUAAAAAAAAUAAAAAAAUAAUAAUAAUAAUUCAUAGGACUCUGAAUAUAAAAAGAUAAUAUGACACUAAAGCAUUAGAAAUAGUUUUUGUAUUGUAGUGUUCCUUUAUGGCAGGUCUCAAAAUGUCAGGUCCUAGGCAAGUCUAAAGGAUCCAUGGUGGACUCACUAGGGGUGAAUUUCUACUUGCCGGGGCUGAGUUUACACCCCCCAUCGCUAGUAAAGAAAUGAAAACCCUUUACUUCACAAUACACCAGCACACAAGAUCUCAGCUUCCAUUCUUCUUUCUGUUUGCAGAAAAUAGGCAUUCCCUUUAUCUCCAUUGGAAGAGCUGAGCUUGUCCCAUGGACCACUGUUCAUCAUGUGUUUAUGGGAUAUGUAGUUUAGAGCUUCAACAGCUUACUUUGUGAAAACAUAAAUGAAACUGCUAUGCAAGCUGAUAUCAGCAAGCUUCAUGCCACUUUCUCCAUCAUAGAGGCUCUAUCUGUGAAGACUUCUGAGGAAGUGGAGACAUUCAUGACAUGCUCCACCUCUACCAGUUAUUUUUGUAAGUGGUUGCAGUAGUAAUAAACUGUGUGCUGUGCAGAAAAGCUUGGACAAUUCAACUCUUUGCAACAAAAAGGGAGUGUCACUUUAAUAGAAUGAGAGGCUAUAAAAAGAGGGUGCUCCUUGCACAAUGACCUAUGCAAGGUUCAUAACUGAGCAUGAAGACUGAAGUCUUUUAAAUCGGCUACAGAUAUUGUCUUUGUGCAUGAAUAAGACAAUCAGUGCAGGUGUCCCUCGCUGAUCUUAGUCUACAAGUUUUUAAAUGCUUAAAGAAUACCCCAAACACCAUAACCACUACACUGCUCUCCAUCAGCUGUAUUGGAGGCAGACAGCGGUAUCCAGCAGACCCCAGGUAAGACGUCAAACUGUUCUUAAAUGGUUUGACUCCUUACAAUAGGGAAGCGCCAGAGUUCCUCUAACACUAUAACCACUUCAGCAAACUGUAAUGUUCAUUUAACUAGGGAUUAGUAGAGUAAGAUAUUAUAAUUUCUAGUUUGAAAGAGACUCCCAUUGUUUUUUUGAGAGGUAAUAAUUGUAAACUCUCUUGGGAUAACUGGAGACCAAGAGAGCAAAUGGCAUAUAAUUUAAUGCAGACUGGCACUUUCCUGAAACCAAAACAGAAAAUUAUACUCCUCCGCAAAAUACUAUAUUUAAACAUUUCUUCUCUUAGAAGCUUGCUGUGCAGUUUUUUGUAUUUCUUUUUCUUUUUUUUUUUUUUUAUACAGGUAUUCCUGCUAUACUUUUUAGUGACAGUGUUGCUUGCUGUAGUAUCUUUCGUCUAUUUCCUUGACAGUGUGUGUGAAAAUAGAGAUAUUUGCAUGGCUUGAAUUCUAUAACAGACAUGACUCACUGAAGAUUACUUGCUACACAAAGAAUUUGGAGACAUUACCAGGGGAUUGCAAACAUUAGAAAAAAAUCAGACAAACUGGAGAAAUUCUUCAUCUCGGCUAAUUUGGCCUAAAAUCCUGAAUAACUCCAAAUACAAUUUAUAAUUUAAAAGAGGAGCCCAAAAGUUUGAAAUACCCUUUCAAACUCAUAUUGAUAACAUAGCAUGGUACAUUCUGUGCUGAGUGGCAAAGGACUGCAUGAGAGUACAUCAAAUGAAAACAACCUACCAACAUUUAUAAAUGGCAUUAGCGAAUUCAUGACCUAGUGAUAGCCAUUUAUGUAAUUAAGUAAUUUAGAGUAAGAACAUAGUAUUCUAUUUACGCAAAUUACGGAUUUAAUUUGGAUCAAAUGUACUUUGCUGUCAGUAUUAUUCAUGGGGAGCUCUGUGAUGCAUUUAACCAAGGAAGGGCAGAGACUAAAUGGUAAAUGAUACACAUACAUAUGUAUGUAUUUGUAGGUUUGCAUAUUUGGUAGUAUAUUAUUCACUCAAUUAUUCCAAAGAAGUGUGUACACCUGGGGACCUGAAUUACUUUUUCUUGUGAAUGUGCCUGUUCUUGAAAACCAUUUACAGUUGCAGACAAGGUGGAUUCACUAGGGUGGAAUGCAUGUCUGGAAUAAAUCAUGCUGUGCGUCAGGCUUUCCUCUGCAAGAAUAACCUAGAACUGCACUUUUUAAUCUGAACCCAGCACUGCACGUUUUAAUCUCCUGAGCAACAAAUGAAACCUGUAACUACAUGCUGGCUUGUUGAAGUGAGCAUCACUGCUGAUAAUGAUAUUCAAAAAAAACAGGCAAUACAACAAAGAGAAGAAUUAAAAAAAAAAAAUCUCUCUUAAAGCUACAGACCUGUUGUCUGCAGCCUUUGCAAGCCCUCCCAUCUUUCCCCAACAAAGACUUUCAGUGUGUGCCAGGGAAUACACCAAUCAGAGGCUUCUCAUUGGGAAGCCUCUGUGCUGGAGCCAUUAGCGCGCUCAUGAAUUCGGUUGUGGCUUUUAUGUGGACAGAAGCAAGAGAAAAACAACCUGGUUGUCACUUAGCUGUGUUUCUGUCCCUAAUUUUAAAAUUGACGAUUUCUAAAAGAUCAGUAAUUUUAUUAACAGCCACAAAUAUGAUAUUGUAGACACUUCAGCAUUUCAGCAAGUGUUCCAACAAUUCCAUGUAAAGGAAAUACAUGCUUAUGAACAAAUAUUGUUUGUGCUUGUGAGAGUUUUUUGUUGUUGAUAAGUCUGACUGAGUUCUAGUUGAUAAUAUGAAAUUAUUAUUUAUAAAGUAUCACCAUAUUCCGUAGUGUGGUACAAAGGGCUCACAAGACAUACACAUAAGUUCAAUGCAUAAAUUUGACCUACUAGAACAAGAGGUAAUUAAGACCCUGCUUAAAUGAGUUUACAAUCUAAAUUAGAUAAUCUCCCAGAUUUACCUGUGAAGCAUGCAGGAAUAGCAAGAAAGAAAUAUAUAUUUUUUUUGUUUGAAUCCUAUAUUUCUAAUGAUUUCCUGUCAGUAAUACGGUGACCUAAGAUUGUUUGAAAAUUAUGAAAUAUUGUUAUUUAUGCUGGUGAAUAUUUUUUAUUCGAGUGCAGGUACUUCAGUUUGUACAUUAAACACUAGUGCUUAAUUACUCAUCCUACCUAAAUAAUAAUCAGAAUAAUUGAAAUACCUUAUUGUUUAGAUAAUUAGUACGAUGAUCUGGCAUGCCAAGUAGUCAAGGAAACCGCCAUUAAAAUGUUGAAAAUUAAUAUUACCAUUUAAAUGCCUCCACUUGUUUAGAAUUAUGUUGUUUCCAGUGAAUACCCAUUUGCAUAUAACUCUUUCUAGGAAUCACUGUAAAUACCCGGCAAAUGUUUUCCAUUAACUUUAGAUUAAAGCCCUGCCAAACAAUACGAGGCACUGAUAAACAUUCAUUACAUGAUACUGUUGGGGAAAUCAUAUUUAUUGCAACUGGCCUGUCUCAGCAAUCAUAUCACUAUUCUUUAAUAAAGGUGCUGGGUGCCUAUGGAAAAUACAUUCUACAGGGCUCUAUUAAAAUCACGGUUACUGGCAAUUUGUGUCUUUUACUAGUUUCCCUAAUUAAAUGGGCUGCAUGUAUGUGAAUUCACUUCAUAUUUAUUUACGGCUGCACAUAAGUUGCAUGCUAAUUUGAAGUACUACAAAGAGGUCACUCUAAGACAUCUUACGUAAAGGCAGUGUUUCUACAGAACUGUUCCAUGGAAGUAAUCACAAGGGGCAAAUAUGUUAUUUACCGUAGUUACGCGAAUCUAAUGCGCACAUACAUUUUUGAAACCAGGAAGCUGAAAAAUGUUUUUGCUGGCGAAUGUAAUGCUCAUUUAUACGAGAAGAUUCUACUGUACAACAUUGUGCUAAAAUGUUUAUUGCCAUAUACCAUAGUAACAUUGAUGAUUUUUCAAUUUUAGUGUUACAUGUUAAGUUUAUUCUUUCUUAAAGGACCACUAUAGUGCCAGGAAAACAAACUCGUUUUCCUGUCCCUAUAGUGUUAAUAGGUCACCCCCACCCUUAUGGCCCCCUCCCACCGGGCUCUAGGUGCCGGGCUCACUUGGCGCUGGGGACUCUCCUCCCUCUUCUGACGCGCGUGCAUCCAAUCAGUCCAUAGAAAGCAUUUCUCAAUGCUUUCCUAUGGACGGCAGUGUCUUCUCGCAGUUGUCUUUUCAAUUUAACUAUUCAAGGUAAAACAUUGCAAUUUUACAGAAGCAGCAAUGUUUACUUUGAAGAGUUAAACACGCUUCCUCCAGUGGCUGUUACGCGGAGAUACUGCUACUAAAUCGACCAAGUAAAACUCUGCCAUGUGAUGUUGCUGCUUCCAUAUGAAAGCAUUCAAUCAAAGCUUUGAUGUGCUCGCGCCACUAGCCAAGCAUGUGCAUCAGGUUCUCGAUUGGACUAUUGUGGAGGAAGCUAUGCUACCUCCAUGACAUCACAGGAGGAGGAGAGUUAAGCACCCUGAGGUAGACUCCGUGGUGCUGGAAAUAGGUUAGGCAUAAGCUCAAUUUUAUUAUUUUUAUGGCACACCGGAAUAUAUAUAUAUAUAUAUAUAUAUAGUCCUUGCACUCAGGCUGAACUCAGUUGUGCAAAUGCCGGGUGCCAGUCCUGGGGUUUGUUAAUGCAAAAUAGAUAAACAUAUGGGCUGCACUCACGGUCUUUCUUAUAUAAGGUUCUUUAUGCCAUAUAGUAAACGAGCAGAUCAACGUUUCGGCGAAAAGUAUAAUAGGCUAUGAAAAUAUGUAAUGCAAAUUUAGUUUUAUGCAGUAUUCUAAAAAGUAGCAAUAUUAUAUUUUCAUUACUUACAGCAUAACAAAAGUUAGCGAUUAUGUGUUUUAUUAAAGUUAUUUUUCUGUUGAGGGCAUACACAAAAUUAGCAAUUUUUGUUUAUUUGUUCAGAAUUGUUGCUGUAGGGCAGUCAUAAGAAAUAGAGAUGCAAACAGGUGAUAAGUUGUUUAAAGGGACACUGUCACGACUCCCCGUUCUUCUGCCGGUGUGGCCGCACAUAAACUAAGCGGCCAUGCCAACAGAGAUUUUAUAUACUUACCUUGGUCGUGGCAAACCGCUGCCCGACCUCCUUCCAUUCCUGUCCCCAGCGAGUACGCCGUUCCUAGAGACGCUAGCUGCUGCGGUCCCAGUUUUAAUAGGUCACGUCAUAGACGCGCACGCACGUUUUGGGGUCAGAGGCCAGAGACAACCAAUACACAACCAAUAUACAGCCUCAAAAGGGUUAUUUAUACUUAAAUUACCUUUUGGUCAGUGCCCUGUCGUGGUUUCCACUAGCUGGUUAUCCGAGAGUGUGUUCCUGAUCGUGUUUUUUUUCUGGUAUUUGACUUUGGCUUUGUUUUGACUUCCCUGAUUUCUGGUAUUCUUGACUUCUGGCUUUCCUCAUCAUUGUGUCACGUUCUGUGUCCCUGACCUCGGCAAGUAUUUUGACUAUUCUCCGGUACGUUAAGUCCAGCCAUUAUAAGGUCCGGUUAAACGUUAUCCUUAGUCUUUGGUGUGAUACUGUUCUGCGUGCUGCAUCAAUUAUAAUCCUGACAGACACCCACUAAAACAAAUAAAGCAAUAUUCAGUUUUACAGCACCUGGUCUCUCCUCCACAAUAAAAACAAAUAAAUAUUACUUAUAUUUUCAUCCACGGGCAAGUACACUCUCGCUGAUGUCAUUGACGACCGUCUCCCUUUCCUGUACUCUGCAAAUAUGCCAAUCAAAGUGGCCCAUAGUGACAACGCCGAGUAGAAAGCUUCUCUUGACUAAUGUUACACUAUGGCAGCUCUUCACUUCCUUUUGAACAAUCAAGCAUAAUGAACCAGGAAACCCUCUUGUUUUUUUUCUUGAAAUGGGCACUAUCAUGAAUGAGGACAAGGGGCACAUGUUAAAGUAGUUUAGGGAUUCAGAGUGCCCCUUUAACUCUGCAAACAGAACAGAAGUAGUUUACUCAAUGUCCCCCAGUUGGCAUUAAAGGACCACUAUCGGCACCCAGACCACUUCAGCUCAAUGAAGUUGUCUGGGUGCCAGGUCCCUCUAUUUUUAACCCUGCAGCUUACAUAUGGGUUAAUCCAGCCUCUAGUGGCUGUCUCACUGACAGCCGCUAGAGGCACUUCCACGAUUCUCACCGUGAAAAUCGCAGUGAGAAGACACUGGACAUCCAAAGAAAAGCAUUGAGUAAUGCUUUCAUAUGGCUGUUUGAAUGUGCGCUCGGCUCUUGCCACGCAUGCAAAUUCGGAUCUGACGUCGGCAGGGGGUGGAGAGAGGGAGCCCAGCGCUGGAGAAAGGUAAGUGGCUGAAGGGGAUUGGGGGACCUAAUGACCUGAGGGUGGGGGGGACAUAAUGACCCUAUAUUGCCAGGAAAACACGUUUGUGUUCCUGGCAUUAUAGUGCUCCUUUAAUUGUGUCUUACUGACACAGCAUCUUUUGUAAGUGCAAUACUUUACAAAGUAAAUUUGUGAUCAGAGACCAUGAUAAUGAUACUAUCAUCUUGAAGCUUUGAACACUCUUCUCUGUAGACAGAUUUUUGGCUUACACUGUUUUAUUUAAUCUUAUAUUUACAUUCCUAGAAUUACUUAAAAGUGGGGGUUUUCCCUCACAGGCAUCCUAAAAACCAAUAACAGAGUUUUCUUCUGUUUGCUUUUAAUUACAGCAUAAAGUUAAGAUUUUCUUGUUGUCGUAAAAGAGCUAUAUUCCGGUAAUCCAGACGACCCUUAUUUUUAACAAGAGUGCCCAAAAUAAAGAGUGUGUCUACUAUGAGACUUUACUACUAUUUCUAAAUAUUGCUUUACAUUGAUGUAACCUGCUACUUAUGGUUUUAAUAGGCCUGCAGAGAUGGUGCCAGUUGUAAUCCCUGUCUUCUAAUAGCAGCCAGCUUCAUACAUCUCUGAUCAGGGACUUUGUUUAACUCCAUGGAUAGGUCAGGGGGUGUGAGGAUGAAGGAACAUGGGAAUGCUGCAUUGUUAGACUAUGGAGUUAUAUUGCCAGGACAAUAAUACAAUCAGCAUUGCUACAGAAAAUAGCUCGACUUUGACAAGUGUCAGGUUGCUGAUUCAGAGAGAUGGGUCUCUUUCAUGUUUUUGUUUAUUUGAUACAAUUAUUGCACACUGGAGUACAUUUCCCACUGUCAAACAUUGGUCAAAUUCACAGUAAUACUUGAUACUUAGAUUAGAGACACACAGAUCUCAAUUAUUUGUAGUAUUUUCAUUUAGAAAAAAGAUCUUUAAUCUAUGCUGAGGCGAUGGUCAGGAAGAUCACCAUAGUCUGUACUAGUAACUGUACAACUUUUAGCUUUAAAUGCCUAUAGACCUAUGUCAUAUAAAUCAAAAAAAUAAUAAUUAUGAUUAAAGGUUUACCACUCUACAUUAUGGGGCUCAAGUUCAUGGGUCUGAUCAGUACCAUGGACUCAAGUUAAGCACAAAUGUGUAUAUAGGAAACAAGUUCAAAAGGUACAUUCUAAAACCAAAACAAUGCCUGCUUUAUCGCUAGAUUAACUAAAUAACAUGCAAUCUGUUAAUCAAUCCUGAUGUACAAAUCAAAAAUUAAAAUGUGAUAUAAUUUCUAACGAUGGUGUCACAUUGACUCAUGUGUUCAGUGUUGCAGUGAAGACAUUAAUUGACAGGAUAGAGGACUUUUGUUGGACAUCAGAUUGGGUUGCCCUGUUAAGAUUUAUGAAACUUGUUCUGUUGCCCUAAAAUCCAGCACAUCUAGGUUGGUUAGUGGUUAAACUGGUAGGGGAGGGGGAGGGUCCCACAGACUUUGGUUACCUGAGGGUCUUUUCAAAGUGUUCCUUUCUUCAUUGUGCUUGGAAUUCUAGCAAUGGUUCUGAACAUUCCUCUGUCUGCUCUCACCUUAGCUGACUUCACAGCCGCAGACUGGGGGUGGGGUGGGGGAUAUCUCCAUUUAUUGAAAUAAAGCUUCCAACAUGCUGCUUCUCUGUAUUUAGAUCAAGCCAAAAAAAUACACAUACGCAUUUAAUGAAGAGUUAAUUUUUCCUUAGCAUUUUAAUCCCUUAGCAUCUGGCCCAACUAACACUGUAGGAAUCUUUCCAUCUGACUCACAGGCUGGAACAAUUUCUCUUCACUUUUCCCAUGGAUCAAGACCGAUUCCAACAACCGCAUUCUUUCUCCAAAUUUUCACUGGAAUGUGUUAAAAAUUGAUCUGUAACUUGCUAUGAUGAGAGCUCAUCUGAAAUAUUAAAGGGGUAGUAAAUGGCUUGUUUUUGUUUUGCUUUGCCUUUUUACUGAGUCAAGGAAUAUGUUAGAUGAUAGAUGUAUUUUAUGCAUUGCAGGCAUUUUAUAUAUUAUAUACUUAGUGCACAAUAAUAAUAGUAUUUCAAAUGGAAAUAAAACUGUACUGUCUCUCAUUUAUAUUUUCUCACAGAGAUCUGAUUUCCCUCAUCAAAUCUAAACACAACCAGGAAUUUGUUGAGAUAUCUUGGCUAAUCCCUGGACUCCUGUAGAUUUCCAUGGGGAAUAGUUAAUAUUAAGUAUUUGUGGUUUAAGUGAAUACAUUUUUCUCCAAGAUCUAUGUAAACAGAGGCUUUAUUAAAACAAAUACUAGCUGAACUAAACUUUGGAAUGGAAUCUCUUUACCUGUAUGAAACAUGAUUUGGCCUGAUUACAAAUAUAUUAUUUCUUAUAAAUUCCAGUAGACAGGUUAAGUAAUGCUUGUCCCCCUAGUUUUUGUCUUUGAGACAUGAAUUUAACUGCCCCCUUUUCCCACACUAGUUCCCAUUUUUACACGAGCACUCACUUUUUGUAGUAUAUAUAAAUAUGCAAGGUAUGCAGUGUGUUAGUAUAUCACUGAGCUCUACAACUAUAAACCUUAUAAUAAUGUGUAACGGUGUAUCACGUUGUGCUAAGGUAAUAAAACUCAGCAAUGUGAAUUGUUUCAGUUUGAGUUUAUGAGCAUAUAAGACUGUUCCACUGCAUAUGCAAUGUAUAUGAGGGGAUCGCAGAGCUUUUCAAGAAUGAAUAAAAUGGUAAUAUUUGGUGAGUGUAGCUUUAAAAUUAUAAUAAAACAAACAAACAAAAAAUUAUAAUUAAACAGUGUAUAUUAAUAUGCACAUGCAAACUGCAGCUAUAUGUAUAUUACAGAGCUCCAUAGCAAUAUUUUUUCAUAACUAGUUCUUGGAGCUAUAGCAUUGUAUAUGCAUUUUGUCCACUGUUGAAGUAUACUGAAAAAUAUUCAGACAUUGAUCUCCUAUAAUGCCUAUAACUACUAUAAUCACUAUAAGCGUAUUGAUGUUAUUUUAGUACAAAGGUACAGUCCCUCUUUGUUAGGUUUUUACUUAUUUCAAACAGUUUUUGGGUGAUUUGACACAAAGGAAUUUGCUGGCAUCUAAAGUCUGAUCCCUCUAGAGCAGGGGUGCCCAAAUAGUAGAUCCCCAGAUGUUGUAGAACUACAACUACCAAGAUGCUUUGUCUUUAGAGUGCUGUCUUUAGAAUUACAAAGCAUCAUGGACGUUGUAGUGUUACCUUUUGGGCACCCAUGCUCUAGGGCAGAGAUAGGCAACCUUCGGCACCCCAGAUGUUGUAGAGUCACUGAAAUAACAUCUGUAGAAAUUUUGGAUGGGAAUUACAGGUUGAGUCUUAGCUCAGCCCUUGCAGCCUAUUGUUACUGUCCAAAUUUAGACAGGUAAUGUGAAAGUGAAACUCAAGUGUAUCUUGGUGGCAUCUGAUGGACAACUUUGGGUGCCUAGGGAGAACCACGUAUUGUCAGUCUACAACAGUUUAACAUGAUGCAGAUUUUUUUUAGCCAUAAAAUACCCUGUUGUUAAUGAGUGGACACAGGACAUGUUGUCAGAUUAUAUUUUGGAUGAAAAUUUUAAUUACAGUGACUUUGUUAUUAAUAAACAAUGUGAAAAACAUCAUGUUCAUGGAGGUGUACACUUUAUCAGUACAUAUUCUUAAAGGGCCAUUAAAAGCACCCAGACAUCUUUCAUCUCAACGUUUACUUUGCAGGGUUAAACACACCUCUAGUGGCUGUCAUUCUGACGGACAAUAGAGGCACUUUCUCAGUGAUAAUGGAGUCAGACUCGGCUCACAAUUAAAUGUUGCUCCUAGAGAGCAUUUGAUAGACGCAGCUUGGUGAUUUGUUGCGCAUGUUCACUAGUCUUCUAAUGCUUCCCUAUGAGGAAACAUUGCAUUGUCUGAGAUAAUCAAUCUUCAUUAUCUCAGCCAGGGAGAAGCAAAACUCAACUUUUAAACCUUCACGUGGGCAGGACUCUUAAAUGGGUAGAGGGACAAUACGUGUCUUUAUUCCUAAUGCUAUAAUGUUCAUUUAAAUAUACAUACGUGAUGCUUGCUUUUAUCUCCUACAAGAUGCCAGUCACAGAAUAUACUUAACUUAGUAUACAUAUUCUGGAACAUUUGGCAAGACUGUCCUCUAAAUAUUGCAAUCACUGCCCUCUGAUACUCCUAAUUAAAUAACAUACAUAGAACUUUAGACUCUGGCCUCAUGAAGCACACAAUAAACAAGCAAAUAAUCAGAUAGUUUGCAAGGAAAACAAAGUUUUUCAGUUCAGCCCAUUGCUUAUAUCUCCAAUAUUGUAUCAUGGCAUUUUUUCUUCUUCUGAGUAAACGAUUGGCAUGUCAUUAAUUUUACUUCCAAUUCUGAUUGGCUGGGUCAGUUCCAAUGAGAAUCAGAGCACACCAAAAAAUAGAGAUUAACAUUUAUUUAUCUAUGUUUUACAUGGUUGUAGUUUUUUUUUUGUUUUUUUUUUACAUGGUUGUAGUUUAGCAUGGUAAAAAGCCAGAAACAGGUAGUCAGUACGUGGCCCCCAGGCAAAGCAUUUCCUACGAAGCUAUUCAGCAUUAGCCUCAUAUGCAGAUGAUACUUACCAGUUUGUGGAGUUAGAGUUUGACAAUUUACAACUGUCUAGCAGGUGGAUAACUGUAAAUAAUGAGGGAUGAUGGGAGAGUUUUUCUUGCUUGCACAUGAUAGGGUCUAGUUUCUAUAUAUUAAAAAAAGUCAAUUUCUUGUGCAUCUUAUUUAAUAUAAAUAUGCUUGCCAUUUAUGAAACUUCACAGGAGAAAGUCAUGUCCUCUCUGUGGCUGUGAACAUCCUAUCCAGUCUCUCUCAUAGAUUGUUAUGAAAGGCCAUGUGCAGUUAGCUGUUAGCUUGUGAAAGAGUUCUGAUAGAUUGAGGCUCAAAACAUGACUGUACUAGGACUGGUGAGAUUUGAGGCACUGUCUUUAUUUUUAUUUUUAGUAGGUUAUUAAACGAGCAGAAAAUAAGAAAAUCUAAAUUAAAUAGAAAAAAAUAAAGAAAGUGUAAACAUUAGAUCUCUCUUUACAGGAAGUGUCUAGGAAGGCUGUGUAAGUCACAUGCAGUGAGGUGUGACUAGUGUUACAUAAACAAUGUGAUUUAACUCCUAAAUCGCAGAGAAGUGAACAGUGAGAGUGCAGGGGCCUCCUUUAGCCAACCCUGUUUUGGUGACAAUAGUUUCCCUUUAAGGCUAUUGUAAAAAUAGAUUACUGUGUACAAGUCACAAGUAAAGGUAGACAGAGAACCAAGUGAAGUCUAUCAACAGAUGAGGGGUUGGGUGCAGUUUGCAUAUGAUUAACUCCAGCCUAAAGUGUCCCUUUAAUUCUACUUUAAAUUAACAGAAGAGUUAAAAAUCCUGCUUCCAGGUCUUAAAAAGAAAAAAAAAAAAAAGUUGCAUACUGUUAGUUUACCAACCUACCCCCUGCAAAGGAUAAAGGGAUGGAUGUAUUCUGUUAUAAAGCAUGCCUUGUAAACAGGGGUGUUGUGUAGUUUACUCUGGAACACACUGGUCCCCUGGGUUCCUAUGUGGGGGAGACUCACACAUCCUUUUCCAGAUGUGUUCCAAGCCAGAACUAGCUUGGGAUAGUCCAGGAAACCUUUCUCAAACACAUGCACAAUGACAUCUUACAUCUGGUCUAAGCUUACACAAGUUUCCCUCCCUACUACUCUGUCAAGGCUCCUUUGUUGCAAGACUUGCUCUUUUAAUGCUACCCACUCAGCUAAAGUGCCUGCUUGUGCCAGACCCCAGUAUACACUAGCCCUGCUGUUCACAGACAAUGUGUUCCUUGAUUUUGUUACUGAAAUGGGUGAUGUCAUGUAAGGCAAAUACUUAAACACUCGGCCGUUUCUAAACGCCUAAAAAUCACCCAAAAAGCACCAUUUCAUAUCUUAAAGGAAUAUUCCAAGCACUGUAACAUUUCAUAUUUCACACUCUUUGAUUAGAUUAUGGCACAGGGAGGUCCCAUGUCCCUUACUCUAGUUAACAAAAAUAGUGCAAGUAAAUAUUCUCUUCUUGACACUAGUACAGGGUUGGGCAACCUCUUAGUAGUACUGUACCAGAACAAGAUCUUGAGGUCCCUUAUCGUGCCUUUUUUAAAUUUUAUUUUUUUAAAUUAGGGUGUGUAUGUUGCCGUAUUGUGCUUGUGUUAACCAAGGGUGCUGCAGUUGCUUUGUAUUUGUGCAUAUGUGGGCUAUUAUUUUGUAUAUGUUCAUGAGUAGCUUGUUAUAUUGUGUAUGAUACCUAUGAAUAUGGACUGUGUAUGGGGGGCUCUUUGUGGAAUUGUGUGUGUGUUGAUUUGUCACAAAGUGUGUUUGGUGGUUUGUGUGUGUGUUGGGCUGCUUGUUUGGUGGUGUGCAUAUAUGUGGAUUGUCAGUGGUGUUGUGUUUGUGAGGACUGUGUGUUUGUUUGUGUGUGGGCUGUUUGUAUUAUUUGUAUGAGGAGGAGGCUAUGUUCUGUGCAUGAAUGUUUCAUAAUUUUACAUGGUUCCCUGCUCAUACAUGUUUUUUUUUUCACAUGCAUGUCACAUUGUGCAAGACCUACCCCAGCAUUUCAUUUAAAAAGCUUUUAGGACAACCUAUAGCUAACAUAUUGUUUUUAGAAUGAAUAACCGUUUUUAAGAUUUGUCUUUCCCUAAAAGUGACUGUUUCUUUUUAAAGAGUUAUGGUGACUGUCCUCUUUUUCUUGGUCCUGUUUGCAUACUCCAUCCAGCUGUCUUAUGGAUUUUACUUUCUCAUAAACUGUUCCAUUCCCUUUGGAUCUGACUCUGUAAUGGGAGGAGAAUGGGGGAGAGCAGCAGGACGGCCAACUUAACACAGAUGUUAAAAGUUCUACUGAAAGUCCUAACAAAAGGGUGGGGGCUUGGGGGAAGAUGGCAGCCAAGUGCUAAUGAUGGGCAGAUGUUUAAGAAUAUUACAGAGGUGUGGGUCAGGCUGGCUCUGCCAACUUGAUGCAAGCUCAUCUGAGUUGAAAUCUGCCUUUUUGAGAGUCUGAGUCACGAGCUGCCACAAUGCAUGAGCUAGCUUGUUGAAUAAGUGCAGUAAAAUUGAAAACAACUGCUUAUUUAAAAAUGUACUGCCUGUAUAUUCUUAAAGAAACACUAUAGGGUCAGGAGCACAAAUGUGUAUUCCUGACCCUAUAGUGUUAAAAACACUAAGGAGGUGGCUGGCCUCCCCCAUGCUCCCCUCGAAAAACUAUAAAACUGACCAUAAUACCAGCGCCGCUUUUCUAUGGGAAAGAAUUGGAUUGGCUGAGAUAGUCAAUUCUGAUGAUCUCAACCAAGGAGUUUGGAUAGGUGGCAGAGCCAAAUGCCGUGCUGACAGCAUCUCCUUAUAGAGAUGCAUUGAAUCAGUGCAUCUCAAUGAGGAAUAUUCCGUGAUUCCAUGCAAUGCAUGGAGACACUGAACGUGUGCAGCACUGACUCAGGCAGCACCUCUAGUGGCCAUCUGAGUGACUGCAAUGUAAACCCUGCAGUGUUUACAUCUAAAUUCCUGCAGGGCACAGGCUAAUAAUUAAGCUGUAGUUGUUCUGGUGACUAUAGUGUCCAUUUACUUGGAGUGUCCCUAAUUAAAGCAUACAUUUAAAAAAAAAAUUGCUUUGCAGGCAAUAGGUAGCAAUCCAGCCUAUGUCUUCAGGGGACAAAUCUACAAUGUAUAUAAGUACUGUUACUCCUAGGCCCCAUCACAGGGAUUGCAAAUCCUUUGGGAGGGAACUUGGUUGCAUUUACCUGUGACGAUAUGUGUUUUACCGUAUAUACUCGAGUAUAAGCCGAGUUUUUCGGCACAUUUUUUGUGCUGAAAAACCCCAACUCGGCUUAUACUCGAGUCAGUGUCUGUAUUAUGGCAAUUUACAUUGCCAUAAUACAGACUGGGGGCUGGCAGAGCUGUUACUUACCUCUCCUGCAGCUCCUGCCAGCUCCCUCCUCCUCCGCGCCGGUCCGGUCAGCACCUCGGUCAGCUCCCAGUGUAAGUCUCGUGAGAGCCGCGGGGUCAUAGUGCGGCUCUCGCGAGACUUACAGUGUGAGCUGACAGAAGAGCUGCACGGACCGGCGCGGAGGAGGAGAGAGCUGACAGGAGCUGCAGGAGAGGUAAGUAACAGCUCUGCCAGCCCCCCUCCUCCCCCCACUGAACUGCCAAUGCCACUGGACCACCAGGGAAGGAGAGCCCCCGUCCCUGCCAUAUAUCAAGCAGGGAGGGGGGACAACAAAAUAAAUAAAUUAAUAAUGUACAAAUAUAAAUAAUAGUAAUAAUAAUAAAAUAAUAAAAUAUUAAUAAAACAAAAUAAUAAUAUAUACAUAUAAAUAAUAAUAAAAAUAAUAACAAAAUAAUUAAAAAAAUAAUAAUAUAACAAAAAAAAAUUAAAAUAAUAUAUAUAUAUUUUUUUUUAUAAAAAUGCCCACCCCCCACCAAGGCUCUGCAACACAAACACACACUGCAUCACACACACACACACACUGCAUUCAUAAACACACACACUGCAUCACACACACACACUGCAUUCAUACACACACACACUGCAUUCAUACACACACACACUGCACUCAUACACAUACACACAUUCAUACACACACACUGCACUCAUACACACACUGCACUCAUAUACACACACUGCACUCAUACACACACACUGCACUCAUACACACACUGCGCACUCAUACACACACACUGCAUUCAUCAUAUACACACACUGUAAAUAAAUAUUCAAUUAAUAUAAUUUUUUUAGGAUCUAAUUUUAUUUAGAAAUUUACCAAUAGCUGCUGCAUUUCCAACCCUAGUCUUAUAUUUGAGUCAAUACGUUUUCCCAGUUUUUUGGGGUAAAAUUAGGGGCCUCGGCUUAUAUUCGGGUCGGCUUAUACUCGAGUAUAUACGGUAAUUCUCAUUUGUAUAUUCUCCAGAAACCUAAACAAAGCCAGGUAUCAUCACAGCAUCUUUACAUCAAUGCCAAACACCCUUUUUUCCUAGACUGAGAUGGUCUAAAGAAGCCCAACUAGAUUUUCCUGCUGGCACUUGACCUUAAGCCCCUUGUUAGAGCCAUGGCGGUUUAGACAGUGUAAUAAACAGGCCACAACUGAUUUUUCAUUUCACUAAAUACCUUAACUUCAUGGUGUAUUUUAUCUCCCUACAGGGAUUUCUGUAAGAGACAAUCCAAUGUUGUGAAAUUGACAUCUGAUUUUCUAAUUAGCAAGAGCCCCUGGGGUUUUUGUUUGCUUUGUUCUUAAAUAAACAGAAUCGGUGAGGUAAAUUGUGUACUUUUUAUGUGGUAAGAUGUUUUUUUUUUUUUUUUUUCAAUAAUGGCUGAAAGGAAGGUAGGAUGGGCAAAGAGAGCUAACUUUGACAUUUGCAUUGCAGUAGCCAUGAUUUCCUUGGUCUUGAGAUCUGCUCUAGAGCUGGUCCUAGACCUGAAUACUUAGGCUGUAUUUAUAAUUUACAUAUUGUCUACCUGUGUCCCACUGAUGAGUUCUUUCUUUUACAUAUAGUCUAAUCUACAAACAGCUGCCAUAUUGUAGUGCAUUUAGUAUUUACAGAAUUAUUAGAAUUCAGUAAGUAUCCUUUUUAGCACUGUCAUUACUAAAAUUAUAAGGUUGGUUCAUCAAACUGCACCCAACCCCUCAUCUGUUGAUAGACUUAGUUCUCUGUCUACCUUUACUUGUGACUUGUACAUAGUAAUCUAUUGUUACAAUAGCCUUAAAGGGAAACUAUUGUCAACAAAACAGGUUUGGCUAAAGGAAGCAGAUUUGGUGUAUAGCCCCUGCACUCUCACUGUUCACUUCUCUGCGAUUUAGGAGUUAAAUCACACACUCGAGUCACACCUCCCUGCAUGUGACUUACACAGCCUUCCUAAACACUUCCUGUAAAGAGAGAUCUAAUGUUUACACUUUCUUUAUUUUUUCUAUUUAAUUUAGAUUUUCUUAUUUUCUGCUCGUUUAAUAACCUACUAAAAUCUGUAGGCGCCUCCUGGAAUUAAAGUUCAAUUUACAGAGCAGGAGAUAAGUUAACAUCUGAAUGAAAAUGAAACCAUUUUUUUUCAUGCAGGCUGUGUCAGUCACAGACAGGGAAGGUGUAACUAUGGCUUUAUAAACAGAAACAAAUGUGAUUUAACUCCUAAAUGACAGAGAGUUGAGCUGUGCAACUGCAUUGGGCAUGAUCUAUACUCACAAAUGGCUUCAUUAAGCUAAAGUUGUUUUGAUGCCUAUAAUGUCCCUUUAAAGAGAUAAAACCACUUAAUAUUUUUUCCACCUUUAGCAUCUCCUAUGUAGGCCAUGAGCUUACACAGUGUAAUACAUAUUACACACCUAGAAAUAAUAGACAUGAAUUAAAAUACAUUUUUGAUUUCCGUAUUUUUUGCCUGCCUGUCUCUUUAAUUCCAUUGAUUAACUGUGAAGAUAAGCUUUCAGUCUCUGUAGCAAAAAGGCAAAUAACCUGAUCAAUCUGUGUCUUCUUUUUUUAUUUUUUUUAAACGGGAGGCAUAGAAAGAGAAAUAUGCAGGUAAUGCUGUAGGCUAUAGCAGUAUGAAACCGUCUUUGUGCUUGGGAAUAGAGGAGGUGUGUGUGACUGUUGGUGGAAUGCAAACUCUCUCCCCUCCCUGAAGAAUGUCUCCUGUCUGAAUUUCACUCUGCACCAAGAACUAUAAUCUCAAUUUGAAAUGUGACAGUCUGUAGAAUUCUGGAGAGGAGCAAGUUUCUGUGUUUUUUUUUUUUGUGUGUGUUUUUUUGCAAACAGGUACCUACACAUUAUUGUUAUUUAGAUACAGGGUAUAAGUGGAGCACAAUACACCGUUUGAUCCAAGAUCACUAUUUAUGCGCUCCACUUAUACUCUGUAUCUAGAUUACUCUUUAUUUUGUGCUAAUCACCUUUGGGGGCUCCAGCACUUGAGAGUGUAGCUGUAUUUCUCAUAAUAUUGUACUAUACAGUGAUAUUUAUAUACCUUUAAGAUCACUUUCUAAGGAGUUGAAUUUUUCGCAUUUUUUUUCUCUCCUUUUGAAUGCUUCUUAGCACUUUUACUACUCUGUAUUUUUUCUAACAUUAUUGUUAUUAUAGAGUCAACUAGCACUUCACAUUUAAAAAAAGAAACAUUGUGAUGGAAGGUGGUUUGAAAUCCCUCCAAAGUUUUUUAAAUGUUUUGCGUCUUAAAAUGGAUCUGCCCCUGUGAAUCAUUGAUCACAAAAUUUACAUUCAGAAAUGUGUGUGUGUGUGUAUAUAAUUUUCUUUUUUCCUUUUUUUUUCACGUAAAUGAAAAUUCCUUGUCUGAUACAUUUUUCCAGAGCUAAUGGAAUAUACCUGCUUUAACCAUCAGAAUAAUGUUCUAUUAGUGGAAAAGCUUUGUUCUUAUAUAUUAAGUUUUAAAACGUUUACAAAUAUUACACUAUCACCUUUUUACUUUUUAAACUAGUACGUUGUUAAAAAAACAAGUGUUGUUUUGCAUUUAAUAAUUUAAGCAAAUUUACUUGUGAUAUUGAUUACAAAAUAAUGUUUUGCUUAUUGAUAUUAAUACAAUCAAUAAGAAGUGUCUGAAGUUGUCUGAAGUGUCUGAAGUUGUGCUUACACUGCCUCUCCUGAUCACAGAGCAUUGUCUUUUCCUGGAAAAAGAACAUUUUGCAAUUCUACACCUCUGUGUUGGACUCUGGCAUACGGUAUCAGGGUCAAUGUAAACUAUAUCAGGUUUGGCAAUAAUAUUGCAAACUUAGUGAUUACAAUGGAUUUUUGACCCUCCAAGUAUGAUACAGAAACAUUGAGUGAUGUCAUUUUGGGCAUUUAUUUUAAAUGGACAGGUAUGUUUUAUAUAUAGAUCGCCUUUUUUAAUAUUAAUAUUAGGGAAAAGCAUGAUUGAUCUAUUUUCAUAUGUGGCUCUUUCUCACUUGGAGAGAUCUAUACAUUUUGCCUGAAUUUGAGCCUUAGAAGGAUAACAAUGAUCAGAUUUGUAAUACAGUUCAUAUUAUACGCAUUGCAGUCUAGGUUGGUGCUAUGUAAAUAAAAAAAAAAAUGAUGAAGAUGGCAGGUUGGUCACAUUUUAUGCAUAUACUUCUUCUGAGCUUCUUUACAGAUCAUAAAGCUUCUGGAGGCUAAUACUUUUGUUUGGAAAAAUGGAAAACUGGCAUAGAGCAAUGCAAUCUCUGGUCACCGUAAUUAGUAUACAUGAUUAUAUUAAUACAUGAGUAAGAAAUAUCGAUUGGGUACCGUUGAUAUCAUCCAGACAAGGGCUUGAAAUUUGAACUCCAAUGUUAGCUAGAUAGAUUAACAGUUACUGCAAUCCUGGUGGGUUCACACUUACCAGGGCUGCAUCUUCACUCACCAAUAACUAACAAGGCAAGUUUAAAUUUCCAGGCCUCAUCAAGAUUGUACAUAAAGUAUCUUAUGCUGAGUCAAAUCAUAUUUGCUAUUUCCAUCAUUUAUUUGCUGAUCAUAAUCUUGUAGUUGACAACCGCCUAUAACUAUGACGCUAACUUGAAAUGGGUAAAUAUAUUACACCAAUAAUGACAAUGACACUUCUUGGGAAAACCUUCUCUUGUUUGAUUUACAUGUGACAUUUAAAGGGAAAGUGGUUAAACCAGAUCCCUGUUCCUUGACUCACUGUUACAGCUAGGUGAUUGAGGAUUAGAGUUAGUACCUAGUGAGCUUCUCUGAGUGCGGCACAGACCUUGCAUUAUUCUGGGGACUAGAGUUGUCCGACCCAAAACUUUAUUCCUGUGUGGGGAUUUUUUUCAUGUUGAUGAGCAAUUUAUAACUAAUGCUGCCUUGCAAAAUGUGACAUUUCUAUUGUGCAGGAUUUCUUGUUGGUAUAUGACUUGCAAAUAUUUGAUCUCUGCAUACUGUAAGCAUGUAGUUAUCAUCUGCUGCUACUCAAUAUAUAUAAGGGAACAUGGUGGAUUUGACAUUUAUGAAGACAUAGUGGAUCUGGCUAUGAAAGACCUAUAUUCACUUGUCUUGUAUCCCUACUGUUCUAUAAUAUCUCUUCUGUACUGUUACCUUAAGGAUAAGUGUUGUGAGGGGACACCUCCUCAACUACCUGAGCACACUGCUCUGUACAAAUGUUAACCUAAUUUAGGCAGCCUUCUGCACUCCAGGCUGUAAGAGCAUUAUGGGAAAUUCAUCAUGGCUGUAAGAGCAUUAUAGGAGAUACAGUCCACAAGAUCUGGAGUGCCGAUGGUUCUCUGAUAGUUAUAUGAUAGAUACAGUGUGUAAUACCAGACAACAGAAGGGAGCAAAAAACUGAGUAUUGUACCACCUAAUAGUACCAUAACUAACUCACCACCUACUGCAAAUAAAGAAGCACUCCAAGCAUGCUGUAUUGAUGAUGGUACUUGGAAUGCUCUGGCGUUCCCUCAUUGUUAGUAGUCAAUCAGUAGUUGUAGUCAUGCCUCCACUACUUCUGAUAGAGCUCCAGCAGCUCCUAAAUAGCAACUUCCAUUAGCUUUCCUGAGUUAAGCAGUUUGCAUAUCAUAACAUACUGUGGCAGCAUGCAUGCAUGCGCAGUGCCGUCACAGUCGGCCAAUAGAGAAUCGUGUUAUUCAAUGAUGAUAUGGGAUAAUCUUAGACACGCUUAAGGUCUACAAGGAGCAUUGGGUUGGCCAGUCAUCCUGGAGGCAUGUCUCCAAUGUGAUGCAGCCUAAGGGGGAUUUCACAGCAACUUCAUGGAAGAUUCAGUGCUGGAGAAAGUUCAGUAAUUUAUAUUUGUUUUUUGUUUAUUUCUUUAUUUUUCUUUACAUGGGGGGACCUAGUUAAUGAGGGGCAUCAGGGCUGUAGCAUUAGAAACAAAGAUAUGUAUUCCAAACACUAGUGUUCCUUUAACCUAUUGACCCUUGAGCAUUCGCAUUUCCAGACCCACCCAAAUAAUUUUUUUUUCCAUUACCAAAAGUAUUAAUUAGGCCUAUUUCAGUCAAUUAAAGAGCCCAUCCCUGCUGUUGGGCUUCACUGGACAAAUCUAAUCCUAAAGGAAAGAGAUUGAUUCUAUAAUUAUAAGCUAAAUGAGCCAUUGCCCAAAUGCCCAGAGGCAGUGUCCCGUUAAUAUAUGUUUUGCUAAUCAAUACUUUAAAACUGAUUACUUUUUUUGAAAUUUAAAGUUGUAGGACCAAUUUACUGCACUUUUAUAUUGUGAUUAUAUAGCUAUGUAAAGAUUGCACUGCUGCAGUUGAUUUAUUAUAAGUGUUAACCCAACAAAAAAAACAGUGCCUCAAUCCCACCAUUUGUAUAAGCCAGCACGAAACUAUUUCUGUGCUGGCUAAUGACGAUAAUGAAGCAGAUUGGUUAAAGGGACACUGUAGGCACUCAGACCACUUCAGCCCUUAGAAGUGGUCUGGGUGCCAGCUCCCAUCACCUUUAACCCUGCAAGUGUAAUUAUUACAGUUUUUUUUUUUUAAACUGCAAUAAUUACCUUGCAGGGUUAAGUCCUCCUCUAGUGGCUGUCUACCAGACAGCCACUAAUGAGAAUUACGACUUCUUAGACGACUUUUGGUCGUCUAAACGACACUGAACGUUCUUAUGCUAUGUAUGAGGACCUCCAGCAUCGCCGGAAUCCCCAUAGGUAAGCAUUGAAUAAUGCUUUCCUAUGUGGAGGUCUAAUGCGCAUGCACGGCCAUUGUGUGGGCGGAGCCUGACCCUCGGCGUUGGAUUCAGGUAAAAACCCCUUCAGCGACGUGGGAUGGGGUCGGGAGGGAGGUGGUAUUCCAGUAUUCUCUAGUGACUGGAAAAUGGGUUUGUUUUCCUGGCACUGGAGAAUCCCUUUAAACUAUAUAUGUGGAGUGUUUAAGCUGCAUAAACAGAAUCCAGGCACCAAGAUCACUUCAAAUCACUUAAGUGGUAAUGGUGCUUUGAGUAACACUUUAAUGUAUGAUAAGGGUAAAUAAAUCAUUGCCAUGCUUUCAGAGUUAUUCACUAAACCAUGAACUGACAGGGAAUUUCAAAUUUUUAGGCCAAAACAGUCAAAUUGGAAAACAAUUACAACUUGGUUAUAUUCAUAGCUCUUCUAUUUUGGCUUGGUCAAUUUCCAACCCUGCGAGUCUUAAAGGGUCAAACACUUGUGUGUGGAUGGAGCAUUUGGUUCAAAUAUAGCCUUGUCCAAUUACUUAUGGUAAUUCACUAAACUGAGCUUUGUGGAGCUUAAACAAGGAAAUUGCAAAUUGUAGGCCUAAAAACUGAGCUGCAUUUUUCCAGUUAAUUUCUUAUCAACUAAAAUGUGCAUUUCUACUGUCAGUUCUCCAGUGUAGUGAUUAACUCCUGAGGCAUCCACAUAUUCACUGCCCAAAAUAAACAGACUUAUUCAUUAAAGUGAGAAUUCCAACUGAAUGUCAAAUUUAAGGCCAAAGUGGCUGAACUGAAAAAACUCUCUAAGUCAACUAUAGUUUAAAUUCAGCUAAUCUGGUCUUAAAUUUAAAUUUCACUUUGAAUAACCCUGAAAGUCUUUAUAUCUUUGCUAAAUUAAAGUUACCACAUGUUGGAGAGAAGAAAUACCAUAAUGUUGCAUCUCCAAGAUCAUUCUUUUAGCCUUUGAAGUUUAAUAUCGGUAAAAGUUGCAUCCCCCAACUACAAACUACAGUGGAGCAGUUUAUCUCUUGGUCUGGGAGGAGCUCUGGUUUGUAAUGAAAGCCAGAUGUUUGUCGAGACCAGCCCGGGAUAUACUAUACACAAGAGGCUGAUUUCCUUGCUAUUUCCAGAGAACAGAGCUUCCCCCACUUGGCAAGAUUUUAUAAGAUGCAACGUUUUUCAGUGGCUUCUUGCCACACUUUAAAAAACAAAACCUACAAUUUUAUUCUCAAUAGGAGUCUCAUAUUAUUCUGUACUUUUUUUUUCACUUACACAAAACGUAUUCAUUCAUGUUGGCAGUUUAACUUUAAAUAGAAAUGUGUGCAAACCGUCUUAAAGUGGUGACAUUUUAAAACUUUUAUGAAGCAAAAGUAAAAAAAAAAAAAAAAAAUGAAGUAGCAUUUUAUAAAAGGUUAAAACGUAGGUCCCAAGUUAUUGAUGUUUUACAAUGCUUACGGUUUGCAAAGCUUUAGGGGAAUUGCAGUUCUCCCACAGCUGAGAGGCACCUUUCAGCCUGCCCUGUUUUAGAUACUCUAAAUGCAUCUUCACCUCUAAUCUGAUGAAGCAUUGAAAAAGGAAGCUUAUCUAUAUCACAGUUUAAACCGUUGUACAUGCAUGUAUGUAUAUAUGUAUGCAUGGUUCAAUGGAAUGUAUCAGAUAUUUCUGAAACAUUUACAAAAUUCUUUGCCAAAAUGAUAGUGUGGUCACUUUUUACAUCCUUACAAUUUGUCAAUCUCUAGCUUGUAGUCAUAACCUAGCAAUGUGGAGAAAAGAUAAGGUUUGCAAAAUUCAGCACAUCGUAUUUGUUCACUUUAUAGUGCUAGUUCAUACAAUUUACAACAUAUUGCCCUCUCCUCCCCUUUUUAAAAUGUUCAAGGUAGUUAAUAUUGCACAUAUUGCUAUCUUUCACACUGACAAAAAACAACAACAAAAAACCUAACCUGGCGUUAGUAAUUAGUUUAGCUCAGUUACAUUUUGAUGUUUCCCUUUAAAAUAGUAGUUUUUAACCUCUAUUGACUGGAAACAAAAUUUUGUACAUGGUAGUCGAUCAAGAUUCACUGGUUUAAAAAAAAUAAAUGGUGAAUGUGGUAAACCAUAGUGAGUUAAUAUGACGGAUUUCAGAAUUAACCACUUGACCAGUAGACGCAAAGUAAGCGUUCUGUACUUAUUACAAAGACAGUAAUGCCUUAAUGUAAUUCAAUUUUGUAUGAAAGAGGUAACUUCAUAUACCGUAUAUAUGCCUAACCUAACUGUUAUGCAUACUUUUGCUGUGAGAUGCUCUGCAUUGUAGAUUAGACAAUGCGUGGUGCUGAAAGACGAAAGGAAAAUAAGUCAGAAUCCAAACAGUCUUAAAAUCAUAUAAUGCACUCAAAUAAUGCAUUAAUGGCAGCCCCAGUGUUCUUUCUGUAAAAUGUAGAAUAAAGACAUUCACACACGCGUUAGUAGUUUUCUGCUGUGUGCUCCAUUUGUUUAUAUUGAUAUUCUAUACUGGCCAAUAAAUAGUUAACACACCUGAAUUAUACCCCAGGUGCAGACAAGCAUUUUAAUGUCCCAUUAACAGAUUUUUUAGGGAGAUGACCCAUGACCCCAAUCUAUUUACCUGGAGGUAGAUUUUCGAUGUUGAAAUUGCUAGUCCUGGUAUAUUUUAAAAAGAGAUGGAAGGCAUCUGACAAAAUGUCAGUAUAACAACAUUUACAAGUCUGAGCAGCAGUUUUCUUUAAUGGUAGUGUUUGUUGCAAACCAAAACGUGCACUUUUAAAAAGACAAAUAAGUGCUGGCAGAACCAGACAUCAGCCACAAAGUAAGUUAUCAUAAAGCAAGGCCCCGGGCUGCUGGAGAUUUUCAUUAUAUCCCUGGUCUCUGCAGACAAGCCUCAGCACUGCCUUGACGCAUACUGUGAGUGAUAGCAAUAUGCGUACAGGUGUUAGCUGGCAGGACACAGUCAUCCAUUGUAAAAAUAAUCUAUCACCUAGUCAAGAACAGAGGAAAAACGUUCUCACAUAUAUUGGCCAUAUUUACUAGUCAAACACUCCAGACUAGUGAUAUAUAUUUGAAUCUGGAUCGCUGAGCAUCGUGGGUAAGAAAGUCCCCUACAGCAAUGGUAACAAAGCUGUGCUCCUAUGAGUCAAGAAGGGAUGGACAAUGAGUUUCUUCUUCUCUGAGUGCAAGCUGAUUACUCCACAUUCUAGCACUCUAAGUGUUAACAGGCUGUAAAGCAACCUAGUAAAGAGCUAUAUUGCAAUAAGACCUAUUCUUACCAGAAUAAAAAUGUCAGUGAAUCAAAGGUUCUAAUGAAAAAAAGAAGAAAAAAAGGAACUAUAUAUAAUUGUCACAUUUUUUUCCUGUGUCUUCUGGCCACUUGGGGUAUCUGCAAGAGAAAUCAAUUGCAGGUAUCAAAUGAGCAGAUUGUGAGUUUGAUAAUUUAAAAAAAAAAAAGGACCCCCAAAAAGUGCACCGUAAUACACAGUGAGUCCUGGGGGUCCCUGUAGUCCAUUUCAGUGUAAUGAAGACUAUGUAGUGCAGGGGUCUGCUGUGAAAGUGUACACUAAGAUUUAUACUUCCCACAUUAGGGCAAAACAAAAAAAGUUAAAUCUGGCCCUUAUUAAACUUUUUGAUGGGCUGACACUAAGAUGUGUCUGCAUGAUGCAAUCUUCUCCAGACUCUGUGCAAUCCACAUUCUGAGUUAGUGUCUAGUGCGGAGGAUUAUAGCCCAACAUCUGGCACAGAUGUCUGCUGUCUUACUUUGCCAGCAGGAAAAAAAGGGAGAGAAAUCUUUCAUGCCUCGCUCUCCUUAAAGCGGUACUGUCACCCAUCCCCAUGAAAAAAGAGUAUUUCAUAAAGAUAGAAUCUUUGACUGUGUUGGAAUUUCACUUAAUACCAACCCAGUCAAGAGAUAUACUGAGACAAACUAGGGACUACUACUUUCUGAGAGGGCACAAAAAGGGCAUUACAUGCAAAUUAACUUCUUAAUUUUGAUUUCCUUGUAUUUGCUAGUUUACUUGUAUGUGUUCCCCACUAAAUUCCAAGACGUGCCCGUCUUCUUAUAUACCAGAGGUUCAUUACAUAAGUCAGUUUGAAGGCAGCUAUGAUGUCUGAUUAUAAUUUACUAAUAUAAUACAUGAAUUUAAAAUGUAAAUAUAAUUGCUACUUACUUAUGUGCUGGAUUGGAAAAAUAAAUACAUAUUAAACAGUGUUAAUCUCAAAAUGUAUUUCCUCUCCUGUAUCAUGCUGUUUGUUAUGUACAGCAUGGGCAUAUUUUUUACCCCUCUUUGAAAAACAUAUACAACCCCCACUCCAAACUAAGCAUUUUUCCAGCCAGCUCACAUAUUUCAUUGCCCAUUCUUUACACUUCCUAGUUUAGUGAAUAAACCCCUUUGUCUCAGUUUGAAAGGCCUACUUGUGACCAUUGUCAGUGUGGAUACAGUACAUACAUAACAAUCUCUGUGCUAUGCUAUCAGUAUAUGGCGCCUCUGCACAAUGCACCAAGAUAACCAAACCCCCGCUGUUUCCAGCAAGACAUUUCCUAUUUAAUACUGUCCACAUCCCAGUUUCAAUAUUUUUAGCUGUAAGAACAGCCAAAUGUGCCGGUGACUCAUGGAAAAGGCAUCAAGUUUCAGAGUUUGUGGAUUCUGUGCUCCCCUAUUCAACGUCUGGUUUUAUUUUCCAGUAAUGAGUUUAGAAUGAAUCUUUUAACCAUUUGAGUGCUAAAGAUCUGUGCAGUGUGUUGAAACACACUGCUUAUACCUCCGGCACUCACUGGGUUAACCCUCCUCCCCCCCCCCCUCUUUUUUUUAAGAUGAGCUGUUGUGUUUUAAUAACUGGAACUACCAUCAGACAAUUAUAAUUUUUAAAAAAAAUUUUUUUGCAGUGUAUAAGAGUAGUACAAACAGGCUUGAGGUACCCCAACGGCAAUCCACAGACACAUUAUCACGCUUAACAUUUGGGGUAGUCGAGGACAUAUGCACAAUUUUAUAUUUUAAACAAGCUAAAAUAUGCUCAGUGGGCUAACUUAAUGGAUAGCAAGACUAAGUAGUUGUGCAUUCUGCCAAUAUGAGUAGUCUAGCAAGCAUUUAACUACUAGCUAGUCACAGAUAGGUUUAAUUGUGACAUGCUAUGUUGAAAUCACAUAAUAUACUUGCUAAUUGCACGACUAAGGGCAGAUCACAAAGUGUGGUCUGUUCUGUAUUCAGGCUGCGUAGGUAUGCCACCCGAUCCAGUGCCAUUUUCAGCAGAGCUUGGUAAUUGAGUCUGGUGUGAUUUGUGGUGGACGUUCGUCGCGGGUAACCAAGCUAGCCCGUUCAACUGGGGAGUAUUCCCGGGCUCAGUGGGGCGUCGGUGGCUUUGGCAGCUCAGAUCGGGGGGCUGGGGGGGGUUAGGAGAGUGGUUCUCGGCUGUGUCUUGAGUCGGCGGGAGGAAAGCGUCCGCCUUUCCCCACACUUGCUUUGGAAGGCCACAACGUGUUGCCGCUGUUCCCGGGCACUCAGAGCUUCGGUUCUAGGGUCAAACGGAACAUGUAGGAUUCCCUAGAUUGCAGGGUUCUGUUUUUGGAGGUUGCCAGCACUUCAGCCUGAGCAUACACCCGGUAAGUGGUUCAUGCGAGACACGUCUUGCCGCUCGCUGGUCAGGCUUCGCCCCACAAUUUUAACUAACACGCUGAUUGAAGCCUACAUUUUGCUAUUUGGUUUGCAAAUUCAACUCACAAUAAUUUGCUGUUAAAUGAAUAAUCCCAUCGGUAUAGAUGCUGCCUUUAAAUGGGUUUAAACAUUCAACAUUAUUUGCCCAUUUGUAUAAUGUUAUGGGGUAUAAUGAAUUUUGAAAUUCAUUUAACACUAAUAUUGGAAUCCAAAUGACCAGUCAUUUGUGUGAGUAUUUGUUUUUAUCUCUUUGGUCGAUUAUUUUUUUUUUAUAUGUCCCCCAUAAAGUAAUUUUCACAGUCAGUGACUCAGUGUGUGCAAAUCACAUCAUCCUGUAAGUGACAGGCAGAUAGUAUUGUUUUCUUGUCAUUACUAUGCAUCAGAAACAUUUAACUGUUUGCAUUCCAUAGUUAAAGCAAUGUAUUGUUUUACAAUGUAAUGUAAACAGAACUUGUAGACAAUGGGCUAAACAAGCCUCAACAAUUAGCUCAGUCAACAGUUAUCCAGCCUGUAAAAUUAGUAGGGGUAUUUUAGAUGGGUGGGUGGGGGUAGGGAGUGGGCACACAGACAUGGCAGAAGCUGUGGUUACAUGUGUGUUUGAUACAUUUCACACUGCUUCUGUGUGUAGUUCACAAAGAGUUCACCCAUAUAAACACUACUGUACACAGAGCUGCGUUUGUUUCUGGGAACCACAGAUGGUAUGUAAUUUCUCAGCUGGGGGGACUGAUCCAGUGCUUGUGUUUACCAUGGUAAUGGAGACUGUUUUAUGGUGUCUUUUUUUACCUCAGCAUAUGGAGAACUGUAGCUAAAGGGAUUGGCAUAACUAUUUAAUGACUGUAGGACUCCCGGCUGCAGAACAUAAUAUAUAUAACAUUAUACCUUUUGGGAGUCAAAUAUCAAAUAACAGGACAAAAAGAAAGGUUUGUUUUGGUUUUUUGAGGGUGUGUUUUAUUCGGGUAUAGGAAUGUCUUUGUGUCAUUGUUCAUUAAUUUAGAACAAAAUCUUAUCAUUGCUCUUAAUUAAAUUUGAACAGGUUAAUUACGUCACAAAAUUCUCAGGCAGCUCUUACAUUCAAGAAUCAUUUAUUUGCUUAUAUGAAGUGAAAUGUUAAGAGCAGGUCAUACUCUAUUAUAUCCUGUGUACUUUUUAAAAACUGCCUUGUAUUUAAAUAGUUAUUGAGGUUGGGGUGUGCCCUGGAACUCAUAAUAAGACAUUGAUUAGGCGGCACCCCACAAAUCAAUUUAAUACAUGACAAGAGUUCCAUUUAAAAAAAAUAAAUAAAAAAAAUGCAGCAAUAUUUAUAGUCAUGUUUGUGUCAGACAAGAAAGAUUUUGGGAGUUUCAAAUACAUAAUAAACAGGAAGUAUUUGUGAACAGUCAGAAGAGGAGGAAGUGAUGGUUUUCUGCACAAUUCCUUCUCUAAAGGGGUUAACUUAAACAUGGUCAGCCUGCAAUUUAUUUGUGAUCACUAAGCAUUUGCUUUGUCCAGGAUUUAGUAAAGUGCAAAAGACUUAUUCCAACAGGAGGUUGCGAGGAGUUGAUAAAUUAAUUACCGGUAAAUACAUUUUGGCCAAAAGAGCCAUCCAUGUUGGGAAAAAAAUCAAAUAUUGUAAAGCUCUGUGGAAUAAGUUGGCGUUAUAUAUAUGCCAAAAAUACUAAUAAUAAUAACUCAGCUGCAUUGGAGUUUUUAUACUUUUCCCCCCCAGUACUGCUGUUUUGACAGUGUUUUGUGUAUUGGUUGUCCGUUCACCACAACUUCCUGUUUAGAGAAUAAACUCAAACUGUGAUCCCUGCAAGAGGCGUUAGUCAUUCAGGGUGGUCUGUUUGCUUGAAGCUGCUUCUUCACUUCUAACUCAAACAUAAACCAGAACUGAUGAUGUUAGAUUUUCCCACCAGCAGUCUCUAUGUAAACCAAAAAGAUAUAGGGAUUCCUGUUAAGUGCUAAAAGAAUUGAUUUCCAAAGAACCAACAGUUUAACCCUGUGAAUACAAGAGGUUUUGUUCAUCACAUCCUAUAGACUGUAAGCUCGUUUGAGCAGGGCCCUCUUCAAUUUAUUAUUCCUGUAAGUUUUUGUAAUUGUCUCAUUUAUUGUUAAGUCUCCCCCCUUUGAUAAUAUUGUAAAGCGCUACGGAAUAUGCUGACACUAUAUAAAUACCAGUAAUAAUAAUAAUAAUAAUAAUAAUAAUAAUCACAUGUCUGUAACUCAAUGAGUUAAUCCAUUGUUGCAAUAUAUGCCAUUAUUCUGGAAUAGUUUUUUGUGUAUUGUAUAUUCAUGUAUAUGUAUCUCUUUGUUUCUUCCUCAGCCCUUCUCGGAACUGCUUGAUGACUCUGCUCUUCUGGAUGUCUUGGGGCAACUCAUGGGAGACCCAUUCCUUAAUGAAAAGUAUGAGAUGAUGGAGGUGGAGAUGAAUCCCAGUUCCCCAUCUCCUAUGAUCAAGGCUGAGCAUAGCUAUUCUCUAUGUGGAGACUCCCGUCCACAGUCUCCUUUCACCCACGGUUCUUCAGAUGACAACUUUAGCGAUGGUAUGUGUAGUGGACAAGAGUGUGCAGAUCAGAUUAUUGUUUAAUAAUCCUAUUACCACAGUAAGGCCAGACUAACAUAGGGGCUAUUGGAGCAACAGCUCCAGACACUUGCAUUGGGACAGGCCCAAAGCAGCCACAAUAUAUAUGUUGAGUUUUUAGUUUUUGUUUUUUGUUUUUUACCCCAUGUAUUUUAAAGUAAGCUGCUGCCACUACAGUGAUGAUCCAUUCACAUGAAACUAUAUAUUUUUAAAAACUAUUUUUUUUAUUAAAUGUUACCCAGUAUUUAUUUUGUACUGGGCACUAAGUCUGGGUUUCGUGUUGUAUGUGCAUCCUCAAAGCCAGAUAUGCAAGAUCACUAUCACAAAGGAUGGUGAAGCGAGCGAGGUCAUAUGGACCAGCAAAAUAUUUGCUAUCUUUCACAUAUGUAGUCAGUCUAUAACUACUAUGACAGUGGGAUGUACAUUUGACUUUUCUCAAUAAGUCCAUCAAACUUUUCAGCUCCAGACAGACUGAGCCAUACUUUGUGCUCUGAACAGUGCCAUAUCUCAAUGCCAUAAAAAUCAUGAAAAGUAGAUUUUAAGGGGUUCUGCCAUUAGAUGUUUUGAAUUGAGACUAAAAGCUGCAUAUUGGCUGGAAGUUAAGGGGCUGUGGAACAUCAGAAAUAAGGAGCUGGGGUUGUAAAAAACACAGCAUAGAAUACUGAAGAGAGUGUCUUGAGUUUGGAAGCUAGGGCUUUUAGGGAGAUUGGGCUAGAAUAUGGCUAGCAGCCUGUCUCUUACAACCUCCUACACAGCAGCUCAUUGUCAGCACACAGCACCCAGACAGGGGUUAAAGUCUUCUCUGUAAUUCAUGUGAACCCGGAAACUCAGGGUGUAAGGUUCUCCAGCUGACGUCACCUGAUACAACAGGCUGCAGGGAAAGUGUUUAACCCCCUCCCUACCUCUCCACACUCCGCUAUGAAAAGGGCAAGUAUUAUUUCAAAUGCUGUGGUCAUAAGAUGACCACUGGAAAACUCCAAUUUCACUGUGUGAGAAAGGUACACAUUAUAUUUCCAAUUUCCCAGACUGUGUAUUGCAGUCUAUUCAGUGCAGUCAAUGUGUAUAUUUAUUAUCAUAGUAUCUUAUGGCUACAGGCCACAAGCACAUCUUCCAGCUUUAUGUAUAGUGUUAUCCUAUUAUAGAACAGGAGUCAGCAACCUAUAGCACGUGUACCAUGCAUGGCACUCAAGGUUUCUUUGCACGGCACUCAAGACUGGCAGAGACAAACAGGCACUGCAACAGAAUCUGCACUGGAGUAGAGCAGCCCACUCCUGCCCUUGACCUGUACCUGGCCAGUCUGAUUUGCACCGAUACCCAGGAAAGCCACCCACACUGCUAGUUAUACAUAGAGCUGCUUUCCCAUACAAAUAACACAAAUUUCCCACACUCAAUAUAAUAGCCCACAUACGUACAAAUACAACGCUACAAAGCAACUGCAGCACCUAUAACCUAUAACAAGCAAAAUGCGGCAAAAUAUACACCCCAGUUUUAAAAAAUAGGACCAGCAUGCAAAGGGACUUCACAGUACUACUAAAAGGUUAACUACCUGUGUUAUAGAAUAUCGUCCUCACAUGACAACCCCUCCAGUAGAUCUGCAAUGGCCAGUCGUGGUAGAUGCUUGUUAUCUACAUUUCUCAUUAAGGUGACUAAACAUAAUUGUAAAAAUAAUUUACACAUCUGGAUGCCAUAACUGUUGCAGCCAUAGGUCACUGGAAAUAUGGUUUUGAGAGUACAAAGUGUGCAGGAUUUUUGCCAUCUCUAUCUCCAUAUGAACAUAUGUAAUGUGUUAAUUACAUCUGUUUUUAUGUUCAAGAUGAGCCAUUCAAACCUUUUCAUGUAGUGCCCCUAAAAAGCUGGAUCUGUGUCUGAAUCUCUAAUCUUUUCUGGCCUUGUGUAAUUUUAGAAUAGGAUUUUUUAUGUAUAAUGCGCUUGUAAAUUAACUAAAGAGAAGUUCUGUGCCAGACAGUGCAAUCCUCUAGCUAGGACCUGGUUUUAUACAUCUCUUAGAUAGAUAACUGACUACUUAAGGAAACCUUGACAAGCAGUCUAGUGCCCCCUAGACAAGGUGCAAUAUUAUAUUAAUAGAUAUGUACUAUAUAAUUAUAUUAUUAGAUAUAUCUCACUGACACUCUCUCCUCGAUACUGAUUGUUUUAAAUCUUUUUUUUCUUUAGCCGAUUUGCCAGGUGACGAGUGGUGUCUUAGUGGAGAGCUCACUACAUCCAAAAUUAAGAUGGAAAUGCCCCUUGAAGAAAACCCAGGCCUCACUCCUUCUGUUACUCUGACGAUUAGUACCACCCCUGCGCCCCCAGAGAUCGAAGUCCAACCUCAGCUUCCAGCUUCUGAUGAGGUAAGCAUGGCAUUCAUAGUGUGAGAAGUUGUGUUUAAAAAUUUCUGUCGCAUUUUCCCCAUCUGUAUCCCUGCCACAAAAUACCAUCACUCCCAAUAGCGGGAGCAACUAUUGUUUCCAUUGCAGACACAAAAAAAGCUUUAAAGAGGACGUAAGCAACAUAUCUAGAGCCCCCUUGCACAACCCCUUGAUAGAAGACUAAACCUAAUAUGUUAAUUCUGCAAUAUCAGUGCAGUCGUAAUGUGGGCAGUCCCCUGGCAAAGUGACUGCCCACAUUUAUAUUAAACCGGUUCUUGAAGAGUGUGAUAUUAAACUUGGGGAUGGAGCCAUGGAACUGUAGUUGUUAGCUUGAUUAGAAUGUUCCAAAAGUGAUAAAAAAAAAAUAUCAAAAAAAAUCUGAGUUAUUAAUCUGAGCCUUCUCAGAUAUGUACUCCUAAAAUGAGAUGUGUAGUAUUCAAUGCAACACGUCAUUAUCAUUUGGAGAGAGUCAAAACACUUUAUUCUUUUCCUAAAUUCGGAAAGUAAAAUUAUAUCAGGUUUUCAUACUGUCUGUAGCUGCCAAAUAUAAUUUCUCAUUCACUCAGACAGAUCGUUGUGAUACAGCGUUGUUUCAUAAAUGAGGAUGUUGCCAUAGCAAUGCAGACGUGAAUCUAAACUAUAUAAUUGAACAAUGCAUAAACCUGGUGUGCUAUUUAAAGUGCUUCUGCGUCAUGGUAGGCUAACAGACGCAUGUCUGUCUAAAGGACGUUUGUGUGCUUUGCACUAUGUGUUCAUUUAGUGGAACUGUAUACAGGUUAACAAACCUUAAGCAGGAACAAGGCCACAGGAAACCACUGAAUAUGUUAAAAAUUACUUUAUUGCAUCUAUUGGCAAGCAGAACAACCAUGCUGCUGUUUACUCACUGUACACAAGCUUGGUGUGCAGCCACAAAUUUCAUUCAAUUUAUCUCUUAUGACUUUUUUCAGAACAAGACAUUGAAUCCUAAAUUGCUGCCUCAGAUCAAACUGGAGCCGCACGAAGUGGACCAAUUUCUUAACUUGUGCCCCAAAGAAGGUACUCCUCCAACAAAAAAAUCACAAGCCUUUGACCUAAAGCAAAAGGUCAUUUCAUUAGGCAACCAUAGUGUAAUGUGAUUUUCAGCCAUUACACUCUAACCAUUAAGAUUUAAAGGAUUAUGAUGAACCAGUGAUAACAUUGAGGGAAAACAAGAUAAUGCCACAAUUAGCUAAUGAAUUUAAAUCUCUGUUGUGAUAAGCAGAUUUCUGUACAUAGCAGAUUGCACAUGAAAUAAAUUCUGUGAUAGUCUUUUAGAAAAAUAUUUUAGGAAGCAUCAGAUUUCUAGUGUUUUAUUUCAUAUCUGUUCUGCAAAACUCUCUAGCCAUAUCAACCCUUAUGAAGUCACUACACUUUGCUACCAGGUGACGAUGAUUUUUAGCAUAUAGUGUCAGACCGUUCAAACAGAUUGAAUUUCCACAUAUCUACUCUGCAAAUCACAGAAUUUGAUUGGCCGGUGACAUCACACGCUUGCACCAGCAUUGUUUUUUUUGUUUUUUUAACAGUAACUAUCACUGAAGUUUUUGAAAGUUGCAAAUUUGCCACUUGCACACAAACCACUUGAUAUCGUCAAAUGAGAUAUCUAUUCAUAUUAUUGUUCUAAAGUGACUUCUAGAAAGAUAUGUCCUACAGGUGACUGUGCCACUUUAAUAGUGAGUGUCUCUUUCAUAUUCCUUUCAAUAAAAAUUAACUUCUUUCACUUUUAGCUGCAUCAACUGAUACUCUUCAGCUGCCACCGACUCCACCUAGCAGCCAUGGAAGUGACUCCGAGGGUUGCCAGAGUCCUAGCAGAUCUUUACCACCAUCAAGCCCUGUCCAAUCACAGUCCUGUGGCAAAGUGACCGCCCGAAGCCCCUCCGCUCUCUCUAACUCCCCACUGCUCACUGCUCCACAUGUAAGUCUCUUUUACAGCAACACAGUGUUGGUUGUCACAGUUUGACACAUGUUCAUGGCUGUACUCCAGUCACCCUCUUGUUAUUUGUUGAUCACAGCUUCUUAAAUCUGCUGUGAUAGAAUUGGGCAAACAAAUAUCUUUACUAAAUUACCUUUAGUAAUCCUAACUUUAAAAAAACAAACAAAAAACAAAACAAGCAACCGGCCUUGUACGUCUAUCUGAAUUUAAAAGUCUUUUUAUAAUUUAUUUUAUUGCUAAAUGUGACUCUAUUAUUUCUGCUGUCCGUUAAGAGGAGGACCUAACAUGAUGAAAAUUUCUGUGUGCAUCUAACUGCUCAGAUCUGCAUCUCUUGCACAAGCUCGCCCCCUAGUGACACCUAGUUUAAAAUAAAAGAUACUGUGUUAAAAUGUACCCUCAUUUAUUAUUAAUAUUAUUAUUAUUGCUAUUUAUAUAGCCCCAACAGAUUCUUCAGCGCUUUACAAUAUUGUAAAAGGUGGGAUUUAACUAUAAAUAGAACAAUUACAAGAAAACUUACAUGAUUGGUUGAAGAUUUUAUUUUCUGUUCUUUUAAAGAUGGAUUUAAAAAUUUCCAAGGCCUAUAUUUUCAGUAUAAAUAUUUCCUUUAUUAUAUAUAUUGCCUGUUAAGCGUCUAGUUUAGUUCUAUUGGAGAGAUAGCAAUCAGUGGUUGGUAGUAACAAUCCUGAAGACUGAAUUAGACUGAUUUGUCCAGAGACUUGUCACUUAGGGCAAAGUCAGGUGUAAAAUUAAAAUGAUAAUGAUGGAAUGCUGUGCAUGUGUCAUAUGGCAGUCAUUGCUCAAAGUUUCAUUCUGAUUCUCCCCUAACAGAAACUGCAAGGUUCUGGUCCUCUCUUGCUAACAGAGGAAGAAAAAAGAACCCUGGUAGCAGAAGGAUACCCCAUUCCUACAAAACUACCACUCACAAAAGCUGAAGAAAAGGCUCUGAAGAAAAUCCGUCGUAAAAUUAAGAAUAAGGUAAGAAGCCCACAGACUGUGGAAAUACACCAUAUUAUGUGUAUAUAAAUAUGGUGUGUCAAAAGCAUCUAUCCUAUAAAUGUGGUUUGUCAAAAGCAUCUAUCCCCAUUACCAGCACGGAGUCCGUAAUGGGGAUAUGUUUGGCAUAUAUUGACAAACCUAUCCCUAUUGCGGGCUCAGUGCCUACAUUUCUUUAGACUUUCCACUUGGCAAUUAUGUACCCCUGCUCUAUAUACACAAUUAUUAUUGCAGUGCGAUCCCUGUUGAUAACAUGAUACUGCUGUGGUUCAAACCAUGACUGGGACUACAGAGAUUAGUCAUUAGUUUGAUGUUCCCUGUUGGAGCAUGACCCCAUAGGUCAUACACCCCUAAGGAUGGCUAGCACAGGCAUGUAGCCACAAUGUUUAGUAAAACAGUGUCUGACUCCUGAGACAUUUCCAACUAGCUAAAUAAUUAAAUAUAUCUAGCAGUGAGAAGUUUGAUGAAUGAGAAGCACUUAUGACACAGGAGAUUGGUUCUAACUUAAAAACUAGAUAUGUGUUUUGCAUCCUGCAAUAAGUGACUGAACCAGGGUACAUUAAAACAUUCUGAUGAAAAACUAGGGAUACUUCUGCACAAACCAUUCUUUAUUGUUGAGCAAAUUAUUAUUAUUAUUAUUGGAAAAGAAAAUGCAUGGAAAAAAAAUAUUCUGUGAAUCAAGUAAUAUAUUAAUAUUUUAAUACUUUCCUUAGCUAUGUAUGUCUCUUACUUUUCACAGAUAAUAUGAGGUCAGUUUAAAUCACAAUUGUAUGUUUUUUUUUUUUUAUUAUUCCAGAUCUCUGCUCAAGAAAGUCGCAGAAAGAAGAAAGAAUAUAUGGAUAGCCUAGAAAAAAGGUAAUCGAUUCUAAACCUUUUUGGUUCCACAUUGCUUUAGACAAGUUUCUUCCCAAAUAUACAUAAUAUUUUACUUACCACAAUUUGGUUGAUUAGUUGGAAUUGUUUCCACUUAUGUCAUACUUUCUAACAGUCCCAAGGUUGAUUAAACAGUCCGAAAUAUGGCCUUAAAUCUUGCCAUCCCAGGUUUGGUGUUGUACUUCUGUAGGUGCCAAAAAUCAUGUCUGCAGAAGGGAACGCACAUCUGGAGCACAGCAUUAGGCAUGCUUGCCCAGCUCACAGUAAUAUCAAGCUGUUGUGCAGCUUUAAAUAGGGUUGGCCAGCACGAUUGCCAGUCAGUCUUCACGGAAGGCUAACGUACGAAACAUGUUUUUUUGCCAAUGGGAAAGUAUUGGCAAGGUGGGCUUGCCAAUGCUUUCUCUGAUCUUUCUGCUCACCCUGUCCUGAUUUCAUACCUCCCAAUAUUUUACAUUAUAUUUACAUUAGUAAAUGUUUAUCAGAUAUAGUUGUUGUUUUUUACAAUGUUACGAUUAUGUUCCUAAUCACUUAUACAGAAAAAUAUUAUUUUAUACACAAACUAGUUCACAAUUCUUACCACACUGUACAUUAGUCUUGUGAUGUGCUUUUUAGCACAUUUCUGAUUUUUUUAUUUUUUAUUUUUUUUUAGAAAUAACAAGCAGCUUAUUUACUUUAGCUUACAUUUUUCUUUCUGUAUGAUGGUAUUGUGACAUCCUGAAUUGAAUGCUUGGCAACAGUCAUGUAACAUUAUUGAAAAUUUAGGGGUGAGUGUUAAAAUCAGCCGGUGUUAAUAAAAACCUGUUGCUAUCAGCAUCCCUAAUUAUAGGUAAAUCUCCAACGGGCACUCACUCCACCAGUGAAUGUCCGUUAACAGUCCCAACUGUUGUGGUAAAUCAAGAUAUUAUACAUAGUGGCAACAUUUUUAAGUAUGAAUUAAUUAUGUUCACUUCCAGUUGUUUAAAGAUUGCGUGUCUAUAAUUGUUUUAACAAUGUCCUUAUUCCUGUAGGGUUGAAAACUGUUCAUCAGAAAACAGUGAGCUACGUAAAAAGGUGGAGGUUCUAGAGACGACUAACAGGUACACACAUUUCUAAAGCUAAAAGUUAAUGACUGUAUGCAUGUGUUCAUACAUUGACCCUCCAUGUGUCUGCUUUUUUCCCAGAACCCUCUUACAACAGCUGCAACGUCUUCAAGCUAUGGUUGCUGGAAAAAUGUCCCGUACCUACAAAGCAGCAAGCACACAGACAGGAACCUGCCUUAUGGUAAGCGUUAGAAUAUACUAUGCCCUCACCGAUUGCAGAAAAGAUCUGGGCUCCCAUGCUUUCUACAAGCAAUAUUUUACAUAGCUUACUCAAGUACUUUUGACUAUUUAACAUAAGGAGGAAUUUGGAUAUCUGACGGCUCUGGAGUUAGGCAUUUUUCUCAAUUACUUAAUAAGAAUUAAAGCAUCAAAAUAUUAUAGUAACAGGAUCACUUUAAACUAUUUUAAAGUUAAUUGUGCUCUGUGGUGUUCUUUCUGUUUCCUAAAUAAACUAACUAAUGAUCACAAUUCAAAUAAACUAAUUAAUGAUCACAUCCAAUGCACCCACCACGUCUGUCUAGAAUUUCUUAAGUUGACUUUAUCACUUGAUACAUGAGCUUAUUCCUCCCUUAUGUCUGUUAUCAAUUACCUCCCUUUUCACUACCCUCUAAUUACUUCAAACUCCAGAUCCCAAGAUGAUAAGACUUUAUAGAGAGAUUAUCUAUUGCAAAGUAGUAAUUACCAGCACCCACUAGCCAGACUGGUUAAACAUGUAAUACAAAUAACAGCUAGACCUUCAGAAAGUUCUCAUUGAUAUAUUUACACUUUAUAGGUCAUUAUUCCUCAAAGUCUCCUCAAAUGGGGUUCUGUAGCAGGCAUUUUUUGUAAUAUCUGGUAAAAAUCAUAUUGUGCUGCCAGGAUAUCAUGUAAGUACCUAAAUAUGGAGACUUGUUAGAUUAUGAUCAUCCUGGGUUUCUAUUUCAUUUUUUUUUUUUUCUGUUUUCUUUAUUUUCUCUCAAUGACUCAAUAAACUAUUUGUCUUAUUGGCUGUCUCUUUUACUUCCCCUAGGUGGUUAUCCUGUGCUUUGCGGUCAUUUUUGGCAGCUUCACACAAAAUUUCGACCCAUACCCUACAGCCACCAAAACAAUGCCGGAACAGAGUCGACAUCCUGUUUCAGAGUCCUAUGCGGCCUCUGUUGGUAAGUGACCAGUCAUAACAAUUUGAGAAUAGUAUAUAAACUUGCCUAUAUUAUGUAACAUAUAUUGAAGGGGUACCAUCACUUCUCCUAAUUAUUCCACAACCCAUUAGCUAUUUAAAGUUUAGUAAUGGGCUGUAUUUUGUUUGUAUUGUUGUGUUUUUCUUUUCUUUAUUAAAUGUGUUAUAGUGCAAGUGGUUUUGGUAUGUUUUGCAACAAAACAUGCAUGUGGCUUUAAUGUAGAGAAAAUUUAAAUGUUGAUAAGGAGCAUCCUUGCAUCUUGAGUGCUCUUUGUGUCUUUUUAACUGUUGGUGCAGUAAGCCUGAAUGAUCAUUUAUUCAUCUACCAAAAUUGCUGACAUAUACCGUUAUACAUAAAAAUGAGGGUUUUUUAAAUUUUUGCUGUUAGUAAGUUGCACAGAAAGCCUUGAAGUGUUCAGUACAGCUUUAUAAUAAAGCUUCUUGAUCCACAGUAACUCUGUACUAUAAUAUACACCCCACAGUAUAUCUGAAUGUGGGUGUGUGUACGUUACUUACUUCAAGAAAUGCAUUUCAUUGAUCUUUUCUCUAUGAUUGUUGUUAAAAGGAUUAUAAGAUCUGCGACACACAGCACAGUCACUAUGGUAGCUCUUAACUGUGUCAUGUAACCAGACGUCAUCCUAGUGCCAAUGAUAGUGGAUGCCAAAGACUUUCAGUUUGCAGGCUGGAAGGAAUUGCUGACUCCAUUGUGUUUUCUCACAGUGCGCUCACGUAACCUCCUGAUCUUUGAGGAGCAUCGGGCCAUAGAAGAUCUUCACACCUCAGCAGUGGCCUUGGACACCCAGGAUGCUUGGGAGAAACACAUAGAGAGUCUCUCGCAGCAUCGAGUAUCUGUACUGGAGGAGUACAGCUUCCCACAUGAAAAAACAUACACAGCAUCAAAUGACAGCAGCACAGAGGGAGUGCUACGGCACAGGUGAGAAGACGUUGCUAGCGGGGAGGGCAUUGUGGCAGCAUUAAGCGGAUAGGGAUUGGUGCGCGUGGCACAGGUGAAAGGAUAAAGUUAUUAAAAGUAUGUUACUAUAUUAAAGGUAAGAAGACACAUUUAAUUGGGAUGAGGUAGUUAGAAAGACAUUGGGGCAAAGGUGAGAUGACCCUGGUAGUUCAGAUAGGGGAAUGUGGUGUGAGGAUUGAGUUAGCAAGUACAGGAUGGUAUAGUACAAUGCAAAUGAGAGAAUGGAGCGAGUUAGACUGUGGCAGGUGAUACAAUGGGUUUAGCAGGGAUUAGGACGAUGCAGUAAAGAAGAACUAGAAUGAAUUCUUUAAGGUGCAGUGAGGCGUCAUGAUUAGGAAUAGAAAGGAACGUAUUCAAACAGCAGAAGAACCAUUGAGAGACGGCAGGUUGUGCAACAAAUUUAAUUUGUCAAAUACUUGUCUUAUUCUUCAUACUUUUGUAACAUACUUUUUUCUCCUUUGUUUCCCAGGUUCAGUUCAGAUUUUGGGCAGAAUGAGCCCACCAGUGUGAUAGAAAUUGACAGAAGAGUUAAUGCGACAUCCUAAUAGCGGAUUUAAUUCCCACAAUUUCCCUUACAAUCCUACUCCACCAUUCCCUUUCCAAGCUGACGUAGCCAUCCCAUCUGAGCCAGCCCUUUAAAUUAGACACACCUUCAAUGGCUGAAAGGACCUGAGACUCUGAAUUGACAUUGAGGAAUGAUGGAUGUUUAAAUUGAAUGAGAUUCUUUUUGAAUUCCCCCCCCCUUUUUUUUUUCUUCGUUUUGUCCCUGGCAUCAUUUGGCAGUCAUUGGAUGACAAUGAGUUAAGUCCAAAGAGGGGAUAAUUAUUACUUCCUUGCUUAAAAUGGCAGAGAAAAUUUGAAGAAACGGCACCAAGAGGAAAACAUUUACUUUUACUGCAUCAACAUUGCUUUGUCUUUGUCAUACAUUAAUUGAUAGUAUGGCUGUAACUAAUAAGAAAGUGUAAAAUCAAGCUAAUGCUGGGAGUCAGCUGUCCAGUAGUGCCCUGCUGGAAGGGGCAUACAACUAUUAUAUUAAUCCAUCUGACUGUCAAAAGUUUGUUUGCUAGCCAAUGAAAUGUAGCUUAAACUUGGCUUAGAGUUGUACAGAAGACAGUUCCUUCGUUUUGGAGUGCAAUGUUACUUUAUCCAAAUAAUUUCAAGGCUGUAAAAGUUAGAAUUUCACCCAUAAAUUUGAGUAUUACCUUAAAUCCCUAAUAUUCAGCAUCCUUAUUCUUGAGUGCCUUAUAGUUUUAUAAUAAAGAUAAAAAAGGCCCAUGACACUGCUUGUGUAAAAACCACAUCAAGUAGGAUAUUAUUUUUCCGCCUGGCUAAAAACUCUUGGCAACAUUACUAACCCAACGCUACACUUAACAUUAACCAGACAGGUAAAUAUUGUGUUUGGACCCUACAAAAUGCUAAUCUCUUAUCCAUAUAGGCUAACCAUUUGAACAAAAGGCUUUUCACAUUAGUUUCCAAGUUGCCACGUUCUCUUUUGUAUAGUCACACAUUUUCCACCUUUUAUCUGUAAAUAGUAUUUAUUAGUCUUUCUGCUACUCUUCUUUACCAUUCAAACUCCAAGGAAGGGCCUCACCAUUCAAAAAGAGGACCUCAAGACAGAACACUGCAUCUUUAAUGAUAACCUAUAGUUAAUUGCUUAAUAACCUGUCUUCCCAUAAGGAUUAUUUGGGGUGUUUUUCCCCAAUAUUUAUCCUACAUAAUUUUAAAGCAGAUUAUCAUUUUCACUGCCAUGGGAGCUGAUGGACAUCAUUUAAUAUUGUUAAAUCAGUACAAUGCAAUUCCAGUCCGUGGGGAAAGUGUACUCCCACUAUAAAAAAAUAGUAUAUAUAUAAUUAAUUGACAUGAAUAUAACAUAUUCAUGUUACUUAAACAUGAAUCUAUUUCAUAUUAUGGCUUUGCUUCUGGACACAGAGCUUUACUACUUUGGGGAACUAUGGGGCAGUAAACAUACUUGUCAUGUGAUUAAAAGUGGUCAUUGUUCGUUAUACUGACAGCAAAAGACUUAAAAAAAUAUGUGGCUUAAAGGUGGAUUCACAGGUGGUAUUAAACUACAAUUCAUCUAAUGCUUUGCAUGUCUUAAGGCUAGUGAACCAUCCUGAGAGUUUUAGUUCUACCACAUCUCGGGAUCUGGUGUUUGACCAGAUCUGGCCUCAACCCCCCUGCCAAACUUGUUGGCCUAGAUCCUACAUGUGACAUUAAGCACUUGGUCCUUACAGGGCUGUCCCACCCUUAUUUGUGUUGAAGAGGAUAUAUGGAUCAUUAUUCUAAUUAAUAGUAUUCUUUGUCUUUGUAGUAUCCCUAGGUUAUUUAGUGUCGAUCCACAAUUCAUUGAAUGCAACACUGUUUCUUUUCAUGUAUUUAUUUUCAAAUGCCUGUUGUUGUUUUGUUUCUUUUUGUCGUCUAUUUAAAGAUUUUUUUUUAGCUCUCUUCAGCAUUCAGUGUAAUAUGAGAACAGUAAUUACAAAGUAUUAUUCUUUAAACAGUGAGAUGUGGUGAGUUGGAAGCAGACUUAUCAAAAAAACAGUGUUGGAAUUAUAUUCAUAUGCAGAUUUAUUUCCAACAUGCUAUUUUAAUCAAUAUAAUGCAUCUUCAUGGUAAACAUGUAACAACUUGAUGUUUAGUGAAUAUUUCUGAGAUAUUAUUAAUAAUUUUGUGCAACCAUUACCAGUUCACCAAAAUGAGUAAAGUAACCACAGGAAUGUAUUUAUUACAAAGAUCUAAGAAAUUAGAUGAUAGAUUUUUUUUUUUUUUACAUGCUCCAUAUAGGGUGACCACAUUGUCCCUUUAAAUCUGUUAUGCCACAUAGGACUACAUUGCCACUUUAAAUCAUUGGUAAAAUAAAGACUGCCAUGGACAUCUCCAGGAACAGGCUGGUUGUGUGCUUGUUAUGCCCCACAUUAAAGAAAUAUACCCACCCUAGUUUUUUCUGUAACCAAAGUUAUUCACUAAACUUUCUAGUGUCAUCUGUUGUAUGCACAGGUAAAAUUUUGGCUUGCUGGGAUUGAACAGGUUAAAAGCAAUUUUCUUACUAAUUCUAUUCUCUUCCUCCUGUGGUCCAUUACAUGAUAUUAACCAUGCAUCUCUCUCCAAUAUCGGAAGGAGUUAAAUUUUUUUUAUUAUUAUUAUUUUAAAUUUUAUUUUUUCCUCUUCUGUUUUACUAUAUUUUUGGUAUAAUAUUUUUUAUAAAACAAAAUAAAAAAUCAAUAAAAAAAAUGCUGCAUAUU